AAAAUUGUUCUUCGUUAAAUGGCAAGGUUCCACAAUUUUGCUCAAUUAAUUUUUUCUUGUUACUCACGACACGAGUGGAACGCGAUCAACCUUGAGGAACGUAACGGAGCAAAGCCUCCGUGAAAUUCCAAGGUACUGGAGUGGCGUGUCUGGUCCCGAUUGACCUCUAGGAAAAGGAUCAUCUGUCCUCUAAGACGCUUAACCCAGAGCCUAGCUCUCGAGGAGUUUCGCGGAGGCAUUCUCACACGAGCGCGAGGUAGAUUGGUUGCAAGCGUUGAGCACUUGGAGUUGGCGCGUAGACCGACUCAACGUGGAGUUCUAUAUAGCUGUCGAGCCCCGUGGAAGCGCGUCGGAACGGGUAGGAGCGAUCGGAUUGUUCUAGGUGAGAGACAGAGAGGAAUCGAAGAGCGUGCAGGUGAGGGCAAAGGGAAGGGAGGCAAAAGAAGAAGGUGGAGAAGGAACGAGAGAGGCGAGAGAGGAGUUUGUAGAAGGAAAAGGAGAGGAGGGAGAGCCUGUGAAAAGAGAGAGGCCGAUCGAGCAAAGAGAAGGACCGUUGGCCAAUGAGACACCAGGCCGGUGAUGACGUCGUCGUUGUCUCACGUCCAAGUCUCACCAAAAGUCUUCGCAAGCCGCUAGUUCGUCCGCGGUCUCCCGACUGGACGAAGAGUUCGUCCUUUUCACGAACUUAAUCACCGACAAGGUGGUUUUUAUUUAUUUAUUUAUUUUAUAUUAUUUUAUUUUUAUUUCGUAUCGUGGACCGACCAGUGAAACAAGCCAACAUUGGACUACGGAUACACGGAAGGAUCGUGGCUGAAGGAGGCUGCUGUCAGCCAUGGGGACGGCCAAGAUGAAACAUCUUUGGCCGUUGGUGGCGUGGAUACUUCUAUUCCUAUGUCCAGCCGAAUCUCUGAGAGGACUCGGCCACGGACUAAGGAGAGAAGUGUUCUUCCUGAACCUCGAAGACGGCUACUUCGGCUGUCAGGUAAACGAGUCGACGGACAUCCUACAGCUACUGGAACUCUCCAAACUGUGCGACAACAACGUCGAUUGUUACCAAGGGACGGACGAGCAACGCGAGAGAUUAAAAUGCACAGACGAUUGUACCAAGGAGGACGGCACCAGGUGUCUGAAUGGCGUCUGCUUGGACUCGGUGUGCCAUUGCAACGACGGUUUUGGUGGUUGCAAUUGCCAGGUGCCAGACGAGAACGAGUGCAAAUACCGUCCCUGUGAUAUAUUCGCACAUUGCACGAAUACUCUUGGUAGUUUCCAAUGUUCCUGUUUCCCUGGCUAUCAAGGCGAUGGUUUCCACUGCGAAGAUAUCAACGAGUGUGAUAACCCGGUACUUGCUGCGAGAUGCGUGGAAAACGCCGAAUGUUGCAAUCUCCCGUCGCAUUUCCUAUGCAAAUGCAAACCUGGCUACAUCGGCGACGGCGAGGUGCAUUGCGAGGAUGUGAACGAGUGCGCGAUAUCUGGUGCGUGUGGUGAUAAUACGGUCUGCAACAAUAUUCCGGGGAACUACACUUGUGCCUGUCAACCUGGGUUCACGGGAGACCCCUACGAAACUUGUAUCGAUAUCAACGAAUGCGAUUACGCGGGUGCUUGCGGAAGGGGUGCCUUGUGCGUCAAUCUUCCGGGCGCCCACAAAUGCGAAUGUCCCGAGGGAUAUAACGGCGAUCCUGAAGAAGAAUGCGUGGACGUCGACGAAUGUCUGCGCAGUCCUUGCGGUCGUUCAGCUGAGUGCACAAACGUACAUGGCAGUUUCCGCUGCUCUUGCCCGGAAGGAAUGAGUGGCGAUCCUUGGGUAGGCUGUCACGAUAUAAACGAAUGCGAGGAGGGUACACCGUGCGGCUCGGAUGCUGAGUGCGUGAACACAGAGGGUAGUUUCGAGUGCAGAUGUCAGACAGGCUAUCAAAUGGAUGAAACGCAUGGUUGCAUCGAUGUGAACGAGUGCAGCCGGUUGGAUGCAUGCGCGGAGAACGCAAGAUGCAUCAACGUACCAGGAUCGUAUAAGUGCAUCUGCCCCCAAGGCUUCAUCGGUCAAGGACUAACAUUAUGCGAAAACGUGAACGAAUGCGAGAGAAAUCCUUGCGGCGAAAACGCUGAAUGCAGCGACACGAUCGGCAGUUUCGUAUGCAGUUGCAAGGCGGACUACACUGGGGAUCCGUUUAAGGGAUGCAGCGAUAUCGACGAAUGCACAGCAUUAGAGAACCCUUGUGGAAGGUAUGCGAUUUGCAAGAACACGGAUCCUGGUUACAAUUGCGUCUGUCCUCCGGGAUAUAGUGCCAAUCCCAAUCCGACAGUCGCUUGUGAACAGACCGACGUGACAACACUUUGCAAAUCAAACUUCGACUGCGUGAACAACGCCGAGUGUAUCGAAGAUCAGUGCUUCUGCAAGGACGGGUUCAAAGCCAUUGGAGCCGAAUGUGUGGACGUUGACGAAUGUCUUUCGAACCCUUGUGGACCUGCAUCGAUUUGCAGCAACACUAGGGGCAGUUAUCACUGCGAAUGCGAGUCUGGCUUCGUUGGAACUCCGCCACACAUACCUUGUAAAGCACCGUGUGACGAAGUAACUUGUGGAGAUCAUGCGUACUGCAAGGCAGAUGGCCACGAAGCUUAUUGUAUCUGCGAGGAUGGCUGGACUUUUAAUCCGAAUGACAUUGCAGCUGGAUGCGUUGAUAUAAACGAAUGUGACGCGAUAAAUGGUCCUUCGGGACGUUGCGGUAAAAAUGCCAUCUGUACCAAUACUCUGGGUGGAUUUAGUUGCCAGUGCAAACCUGGAUUUUCUGGAAACGCCUUCAAACAAUGCAUGGACGUAGACGAAUGUGGCAGACCAGAUGCUUGUGGCCACGGGGCUACAUGCACCAACACCGAGGGAUCUUAUUCCUGCACCUGUCCAGAAGGGACCAUUCCAGAUCCCGAUCCUUACAUCAAGUGUGUGGGCAUAGUUACCUGCGAAGUCGAUGGUGAUUGCCCCGGAAACGCCAUUUGUGAUCCACAGAAACGUUGUCUGUGCCCAGAACCCAAUGUUGGAAACGACUGUAGACACCCGUGCGAAGACUUAUCUUGCGGACCAAACGCCCACUGUAUGCUGUCAAACGACGUGGCCACGUGUUUGUGUCGCAGUGGUUACACAGGAAAGCCAGGAGUGAAGGGCGGUUGCAGAGACAUUGACGAAUGCGCCAUUAAUCCGUGUCCUCAAGGAGCGAUCUGUAAUAACGAGCCAGGAUCAUUUUCCUGUCAAUGUCCCAGUGGCACCACAGGUGAUCCUUACAGUGGUGGUUGUCAAGAAUCGAAGGCUCCUCAUGUAUGCGGACCAAGUACUCCGUGUCCUGCUGGAGAACAGUGCAUCAAGGAUGAAUUCGUGGGGAGCAGCGUUUGUAUUUGUCAGAGAGGAUAUACUAGGGAUCAUGAAUCUGGUAAAUGUAGAGACAUUAACGAAUGUAUGGAACUCAGAGAUAAACCUGCCUGCGGUGUUAACGCCAUUUGUAAGAAUUUACCUGGGAGCUACGAGUGCCAGUGUCCGCCUGGAUUUAAUGGAAAUCCUUUCUCCCUUUGCGAAGAAUGCAACAGUAUCGAGUGUCAAUGCCAGCCUCCGUAUAAGAUCGUCAAUGGGAAAUGUAUGUUGGCCGGAUGUUCCAAGGGAGAAAAAUGUCCCAGUGGUGCAGAAUGUAUCACCAUUGCUGGAGGAGUCAGCUACUGCGCUUGUCCCAAAGGUUACACUACCAAGGCUGAUGGUUCUUGCGAAGAUAUAAACGAGUGUAUCGUUGGACACCAAGUAUGUGGCUACGGAGCAGAGUGCGUAAACCUGCCAGGAUCUCAUCAGUGCGUUUGUCCACACGGUUAUGGCGGAGACCCAUACAACGGUCUGUGUUCUCCGGCUCAGAAAAGAUGCACAAGCGACAACGAAUGUAAAGCCAACGAGAAAUGCGUGCAGCCUGGUGAAUGUGUUUGUCCACCGCCAUUUUACACGGAUCCUCUCGAUGGAAACCUUUGCAAGAAUCCUUGUGACCGGUUCCCAUGCGGUAUAAACGCAAAAUGUACACCAAGCGAUCCACCGAGGUGUAUGUGCGAGGCUGGUUACGAAGGUGAUCCUCAACACGGUUGUGUGGACGUGAACGAGUGUGCUAAUAAUCCCUGUGGUCACGGUGCCUACUGUAUUAACACCAAGGGCGAUCACAUUUGCGAGUGUCCAAAGGGAACAGUGGGCGAUCCUUACGGCGGUGGUUGUACUAGAGUCGCUGUGGCUAAGAACGAAUGUUCUUCUAACGACGAUUGCGACAAUAUCUUCGCUUGUGUCAAUGGAAGAUGCGUGAACCCUUGUGACAAUAUACCUUGUGGACCAAACGCAUACUGCGAGCCUGAUAAACAUGCUGCCUGGUGUCGAUGUGUAAUUGGAUUUGUGGAAGGCAAGAACAACGAGUGUGUUUCACAGUGCGAUGGUUUCGUGUGUGGCUCUGGAGCACAGUGUAUCGUGAGUUAUAGUGGACCAACGUGCAAAUGUAUCGAAGGUUUCAUGGGGAAUCCGUUCCCUGGUGGUCAGUGUCAACCGGACGUUUGUUCUCCAGAAGUUCCCUGCGCAGAACCAAGCGUGUGCAUAAGUGGAAGGUGUAAACGUCGAUGCGAAGGCAUAGUCUGCGGGGUUGGUGCAUCUUGUGACCCAGCGACGAAUAAAUGCGUGUGCAAUCCUUAUUUCAUUGGAAAUCCGGAUCUCCUCUGUAUGCCACCGAUUAAUCCAGCUGUCUGUGAUCCUGCUUGUGGCUCUAACGCUCACUGUGAAUAUACGUUGCAAGAAUCUAAGUGUGUGUGCAAUCCUGGUACCAGUGGAAAUCCGUAUCAUGGUUGUGGUGUGCAACAAAAAUCUGAUUGCUCCACUGCUUUGUGUGGCAAGGAUGCACAUUGUAAUGCUGGACCGAAUGCUGUUGAAUGUUUGUGUCCGCCUGGAUACGCUGGAAAUCCGUAUAUUCAGUGUCAUGAUAUCAACGAGUGUAAUGGAAACGCGUGUGGGAGCAACGCAGUAUGCAUCAACACUAUCGGCAGCUACGACUGUCGCUGUAAAGAAAGUUACUUCGGCAAUCCCUUCAUCGGUUGCCAACAGGUCCAGGUCGGUCCUUGCACCGAUCCAUCAAGCUGCACUUGCAGUGACUCGGUACCUUGUCCAUUCGACUACAGCUGCGUGUCUGGCAAAUGCAUAAAUCGCUGCAGCGAUGUAAAAUGCGGACCCAGAUCAGUCUGCCAGGAUGGAGCUUGCGUGUGUCCACCUGGUUAUAGUGGCAAUCCCAACGACUUGAUCAAAGGUUGUUAUCUUCACGGUCACUGCUCUAACGAUCUCGAUUGUGAACCUCAACAGAUCUGCUUCCAAGUUGGGAAAGGUGUUAGGAAAUGCGUAGACGCGUGCAGCAAGUUACAGUGUGGUCCAAACGCAUUAUGUAUCACCCAGAAUCACGUGUCUUCGUGUCUCUGCGUCGAUGGAUACAAGGGAAAUCCUAGCAAUCUCGUAGAAGGCUGUAAACCAUUUAAAUCAGUGGUAACACCAAGAUGUGAACACGAUUCAGAUUGUUCUGAAGGUUCUUUCUGUAUUCUUCUGGACGGUGGUGUCCGCGAAUGUGUAAAUCCAUGUAGCAAAGUAGUCUGUGGUGCUCACCAGAAGUGCGAGCCUGAUAUAAUUCCUGGUCACGCUACUUGCAAGUGUCAAGACGGCUACGAAUGGAAUCCGAUACUAUCCUCCUGCGAAAAACCAUCUGUCCCUGAUUGUAUCUCCGACGAUGAUUGUCACACUACAGAAGCUUGUAGGCCAGACGCUCUUGGUGUAUUAAAGUGUGUCUCUAUUUGUAAAAGUUUCACCUGUGCGAUUAACUCCCAGUGCAUGGCGGAGAGACAUCGAGGUCGCUGUGAGUGUUUGCCUGGUUUUAUCGGCAAUCCAAACGAUCGUCAAGGAUGUCAAACACCUAGGAAAGACCAGUGUUCCACUGACAGCGAGUGUCCAGAGGAUCAAACCUGUAGAAGCACCAAAGAAGGUCUUCUGACCUGUCAACCAGUCUGCAAUUUCGUUUCGUGCGGUCCAAAUGCUUUGUGUGUGGUGCAUAAUCACGUAGCUAAUUGUGAAUGUCCACCUGGCCUCUACGCUGGUGAUCCCAAUGACGUUGUAAAAGGAUGUCGAGCUGUUCCAUGCGUGUAUAACAUCGACUGUCCACCCACUCAGCUUUGCAAUAGAUUGACGCACACUUGUUACGAUGCUUGUGAUGAAAAUGCUUGCGGUGUGAACGCUGUUUGCAUCGCGGAUGAUCAUAGGGCAAUUUGUCAGUGUCCUCCAGGGCUGAAGCCUAAUCCUGUUCCUGACGUCGAGUGCGUUCCUCUUGAAGCUUGUCAUCCGAAUCCUUGCCAUGAAACAGCUCUCUGUGUUCCUGGACCAUCCAGCAAUCCUGUUUGUCAGUGUCCACCAAAUUUUGUCGGGGAUCCUUACGUGAAAGGCUGUCAACCGGAAGGAUAUUGCGCCAGUGUCAAGGAUUGUCCUGUGCAUUCCAUUUGUCACAAUCAUCGAUGCGCCAAUCCUUGUGAAAACGCCUGUGGAUUGAAUUCUAUUUGCGAUAUUAUCAAUGGCCAACCCACUUGCAAGUGUAUUCAUAAGUUUAUUCCAUCUUCAAAGGGUCCGCAGGAUGGUUGCGUCCGCGCCACGAAUUAUUGCAACGUCGACGCUGAUUGCGUAGAGAGCAUCUGCCUUGAAGGACAGUGUAUAGCUGUUUGUCGAGCGAUUACCGACUGCUCUGCUGGUGAAAAGUGCGUGGAUAGUAAGUGUAUGGUACCUUGUGUUACUCAUACACAGUGCCAAACUGAUCAGGCUUGCGUUAACGGAAUGUGCAUUCUGGGAUGUCGAAGCAAUAAGAACUGUCCUUCGACGGAAUCCUGUAUCGACAACAAGUGUCAAGAUCCAUGCAAGAGGAAAGACGUUUGCGGUCCAAACGCGAUCUGCAGCUGCACAAAUCACGCUACCACUUGCACCUGUCCCCUUGGAUUCCACGGAAAUCCCACACCCCAACAAGGUUGCGUCAGAGUGCCGAAUAUUUGCGAAGGCCCUCAAGAUUGCCCCAGUCAGCAUCUGUGUGUCUCCGGAUUCUGUCAAUGUCAAUGCAGCGAACAGGACAACUGUGCCGAAGGAGAACGCUGCAAGAACGGAAUAUGCAUGAAAGUGUGCUACGGCGAUAGUAAUUGUUUGCCAGGUGAAUUGUGCAUCGAUGGAGUUUGCGAAGUAGGUUGCACCUCUGACGUUGGUUGCAACGAUAACGAGGUGUGCAUCAACAACAAAUGCAAAUGCAGCCACGGAUUCAUUGCUGGACCAGAACACUGUCUGGACAUCAACGAGUGUGACGAUCAACCGUGUCACUCGAGCGCAGAGUGCGUCAAUCUUCAUGGAUCUUAUCGCUGCGUCUGCCCACAAGGCACAGCUGGUGAUCCUGUGGGAACAGGUUGUGUAAUUCCUCACCAGUGCACCGUACACGCAGAUUGUGCCGAUUCACAGGCUUGCGUCCAACAUAAUUGCACCGAUCCUUGCUCUCUGGUUGACUGUGGUCUCAACACUAUUUGCUCCGUUUUGGAUCACACGGCUGCCUGUCAAUGUCAGCCUGGUUACAUUGGGGAUUCUUCAGGGUGCUUCAAAGUGGAAUGUCUUUCUAACAACGAUUGCUCUAUAGACAAAUACUGCAAUCAGGAUACUAACAAAUGCAGCAGUCCUUGUAAUCAAGUGGACUGUGGAUACGGCAACUGCAUAGCGUCCGAUCAUUCUGGAAUAUGCAAAUGUUAUCCUGGUUUUGAGCUAGCGGGUGACAUUUGCGUGGACAUUGACGAAUGUUUGAAGAAUCCUUGUCACUCCUCCGCGGUUUGUCAAAAUACGGAAGGCUCUUACGCUUGCAUCUGUCCUCAUGGUUUGGUCGGAGAUCCUUUCAAAUCUGGUUGCAAACAACCGGGAGACUGCUUCACGGACCUUGAUUGCCCAAAUACUGCUGCUUGCAUUGAUAAUAGAUGCACCAAUCCUUGCGACGUAUCACCGGAUAGUCAUUCGUGCGGAAGAAAUGCCGAAUGUUUCGUUCAUGAUCACGUUCCACUUUGCAGAUGUCCUGAUCAGACCACUGGCAAUCCGACAACGGAAUGUGUUCACUUAGAAUGCAACUAUCACAGCGACUGCAGUCCUUCCGACGCAUGUUACAAUCACAAGUGCGUCGAUCCUUGUUCUCUUGCAAACGUAUGUGGACAAGGAGCAGAUUGUUCUUCUUUAAAUCACAGUGCAGUGUGCACGUGUCAACCUGGCGGUACUGGCGAUCCUAAUUUAGGUUGUACACCUGUUCAAUAUUGUAAAUCGGACUCCCAAUGUGCUACUGGUUCAGCUUGCAAUGGAGGAAUAUGCACUGCCCUUUGUGGAAGCACGAGGGAUUGUAUCGGCGACCAGCUUUGCAUCAAUGGUCUCUGUCAGCCCACCUGCAAGAGCAACUCCAGUUGCCCCGAGUACCAAUACUGUCACAACAACAUCUGCGUACAAGAAUUACGUUGCAUAUCCGACGAUGACUGCUCUUACGACGAAAGAUGCAUCAAGAACAACAUUGGACAAGCAGAAUGUCAGAAAGCUUGCGAUCUACUCCUCUGUGGACGCAACGCCGAGUGCAAAGCGGACAAUCACGUUGGAGUUUGCUCUUGCAAGCCUGGAUUCUUCGGAAAUUCGAAAGACGACAAGAUUGGAUGCCAAUCUAUCGAAUGUGAGGUCAACGACGACUGCAGCGGAGAGAAGAUUUGUGACACGCACAAGUGCAGGAUCGCUUGUUUAGCUCACAAUCCUUGCGGCGUCAAUGCUAUUUGCACAGCAGAGAAACACGUUCAAAUUUGUACGUGUCAACCGGGUUACACUGGAGAGCCAACUCAUGGAUGUCAAUUGAUCGAUUAUUGUUCGGAUCAACCUUGCGCACCUGGCGCUGUGUGUGAAAAUUCCAGAGGGUCCUAUAGAUGUCACUGUCAACAGGGAAUGGUUGGAGAUCCUUAUAAUGGCGGUUGUCAGCCACCGGUAGAAUGUCUGCAGGACGGAGACUGCCCACUGACUGCAAAAUGUAUAAACGUCAACAACGUACCCAAAUGUUUCGAUGUCUGUUCACGUACACAGUGUGGACCAAACGCAGACUGUGUGGCCACUUACCACGCAGGAGCCUGUCAGUGCCGGUCCGAUUACGAGGGUGAUCCGAACAAUCUAAGUAUAGGCUGUCGACCUAAACCGGUUGUUUGCACGUCAGCCGUGGACUGUUCGCCCAAUACCUACUGUUACGAGGGAAUCUGUCGACCGUCCUGCCAAUCGGACGAAGAAUGCAACCUGUCAGAUGUGUGUCUCAAUGGACAGUGCUUGGAUCCUUGCAACGUGAAGGCCGCGUGCGGAAUAAAUGCGGAAUGCAACGUGAAGAGUCACAUUAAACAAUGCAGCUGUCCACCUGGGUUCACCGGUAACUCGGAAGUAGAAUGUGUCAGAUUACCCGUGUCCUGCAGAGACACCAACGACUGUAACGAUGGCAACACUUGUCGCGACAACGUGUGUCUUCCAAUCUGCACUAGCGACAACGAGUGCGCCUUCAACGAAAAAUGCGUCCAAGGAAAUUGCCUUCUCACCUGCAGGCUCGACAACGACUGUUUCUUGGGUCACAUCUGUCUGCACAACAUGUGUGCGUUUGGUUGUCGCGCGGACGAGGACUGCAACGCGAACGAAGCUUGCAUCACGAACAAAUGCAUCAAUCCUUGCGAAGCCACUCCUUGUGGGCCAAACGCUAAAUGCACAGUAUUUAAUCAACGAGCCACCUGUUCGUGUCCAGCAGGCUUCAUGCCGAAUCCAACUGCAAAAGUGGCUUGUUUAAGAUCGCCUGGACCCGUUUGUCAAGCAAACAGGGACUGUGCGACAGGAACAGCUUGUAUUGGAGGACUGUGCACUCCUGUCUGUUCUACAGACUUAAAUUGUUUGAGUAACGAACGUUGUGACCCUUCGGGAAUCUGUAAAUCGUUGUGCAGAAGAGACGAAGAUUGUAGAAGCGGAGAGAUUUGCGAGGGAUUGGUUUGUGUCAUUGGAUGUCGCGCUGACGUGGAGUGCCAGGAGAAUUUCGCUUGUUUGAACAACCAGUGUCAAGAUCCUUGCUCUCUUCCUGAUGUUUGCGGAGUGAACGCCAAGUGUGCGGUCGUAAAUCAUCAGAAACAUUGUUCCUGUCCGGCACCAUUAGUCGGUGAUCCUCUAAUUGGUUGUAAACAGGCGUUCCUGCCUUGUAGCAACGAAGAGGAAUGCGCUACUGGUCAGACUUGUUACGGAAGAUCUUGUUACGCCACAUGCAAAAGCGACGCUAAUUGUCUAAGCGACGAACGUUGCGACGGAGGAAUUUGCAAAGCCAUUUGCAACAGUGACGAUCAUUGCGUGGCUAAUCAGAUCUGUCAAAAUAGGCUGUGUGACAUCGGAUGUCGCAGCGAUAAUACUUGUCCCAACGACGAGUCCUGCGUGAACAAUAAGUGUAAAAAUCCUUGUGAGGGUGGCAAGGCUUGCGGAGAAUGCGCCGGUUGUCGCGUUGUAAAUCACGUGGCACAAUGCAGUUGCCCAGCCAAUUAUUAUGGAAACGCUUUGAUCAGUUGCGCGAAAUCUAUGAUUCCCUGCGAUGGCACUUGUGAGUGCGAUGAAAUUGGUUUUUGCACGAAGAGCUGCUAUAGUCAGGAUCAAUGUUCUUGCGGGGAAGUUUGUCACUCUGAAAAGUGUCGCAUCAAGUGUGAUGUUAACAAUUAUUGUCCAAAGGGAUACGUUUGCGACCAAGGACUAUGCCUCAUUGGUUGCCGCACUUAUUCCGACUGUCCUUCCUCCUUAUCCUGCGUCAGUGGUCAGUGCGAGGAUCCAUGCUCAGCUAAUGGAUCUCCCUGUGGAACCAACGCACUGUGUCGUGUUUCGAAUCACAGAGCAGUGUGCUUAUGCCCAGAAGGAUAUCAGGGAGAACCCAGUCAAGAAUGUUACCAAUUGGAAUGUCAUCAUGACGACGACUGUGAGGCCAACAAACGAUGCAGCGAGGAUGGCGUUUGCACAAAUCCUUGCUUGCAACAUGGUGUUUGCGGCUUCAACGCACAGUGCAGAGUAGUUAACAGGAAGGCUCAGUGCUCUUGUCCACCCGGACACUACGGAAAUCCUAAGAUCAACUGUAAGAAAGGUGGAGACGAGUGCUUAAGGAGACCGUGCGGCGUGAAUGCGAAGUGCAGAGAGACUCUGAAUGGAUUUGAAUGUACUUGCGAUCCUGGAUGCCACGGAGAUCCUCAUCAAGCUUGCAUCUGCGACGGAGGAGAGCUGUGCAAGGAUAUGCGUUGCGGAGUGAACGCUGCAUGCAGGAUUUAUAAGAAUCAACCACAGUGCUACUGCCCAUCGAAUUAUCCCUCCGGAGAUCCGACGCAGGCGUGUAGCGCAGACAAGAGUUUAGGGGACUGUCGCACGAACGGUUGCGGUAAAGGGGCUGAAUGCAUACGAGACGGUGCGAUAUUCGUAUGCAGAUGUCCACCGGGUACCAGUGGAUCGCCGGAUAUCGAGUGCACCACAGAGCGCGAAUGCACCAGCGACCUAGAGUGCCCCAAUGAAAAAGCCUGCAUAAACCUGCAAUGCGUGGACCCGUGCGGUCUCCGCGGUGCCUGUGGGAUCAACGCCCUGUGUCGUGUGGUUCUGCACAAGCCACGAUGUUCCUGCCCUCAGUGUUAUAUCGGUAUGCCUCACACGGCCUGUCAUCCAGACCCCAAAUGCGAAACGCUGAAUCCCAGACCUACGCCGAACAUCGGUUGCUCGUCCGAUCGCGACUGUCCAGAGAGUCUAUCCUGUCAUUCUCGUACCGGAGAGUGUCGUGAUCCGUGUCUAAGUUCACAAUACACCUGCGAAGUAAAUAAGAGAUGCCAGGUGCGGAACCACAGGCCCAUGUGCGUGUGCAAAUACGGAUUCGUCGUGAACGAGGUCGGGGAGCUGACCUGCGCCCCCGACACGUUGACAUGCACGAGGGAUUUCGACUGUCCGUCGAACGCCGCGUGCGUUAAUGGAAAAUGCCAGAAUCCGUGUAACGUGAGAAAGAAAAAGCCGUGUCCGGCUGAUAAAACCUGCGAUGUCCUGGACCACCGUCCCGUCUGCAUAUGCACACAAAACUGCAAUCCCUCCCUCUCCAUUUGCCUGCGAGACAGUGGCUGCUCUCCAGACUUGGCGUGCCGCAACUAUCGCUGCGUGGACCCAUGCAGAAACUCCACCUGUCCGGCUGAUGCCCCCUGUUACGUGGAGGAGCACAAGCCUAUCUGCAAGUUCUGUCCCCCCGGCUUUGUGCCAGACACUAAAUACGGAUGCAUGAAAGUACUUCACCACACGCCCGACCGUUUCUGCGAGUCCGAUGACGACUGCAGCGACACAGAAGCCUGUGUCGAUGGAUCCUGCGUUGAUCCUUGCGUCGGCCACUGUCGAUCGACAGUUCGAUGUCGGGUUAAAGCACACAGGCCUGUUUGUGGCUGCGACCAAUACGAUCACACUUGUACAAACACCACCACAACUAUGCAAACUUUCGAUUAUUCGACACCAGAAAUCUACGAGAUGACUACACUUUCGACAACUACGCAAUUUAAUUUUGAUAUCACAGCAUAUACUUCUUCUACUAUUACGGAGGAAAGUACAACGAUUCCGUAUUCGAGUGAAAGUACAGAAUCUUCGAGCGGAAGUACAGAAUCUUCAAGCGAAGUAACCACUGAAACUUCUGAGGCCCCUAUGACAACUAUACAAACUUUUAACUCUUCGACACCAGAAACUUACGGGAUGACUACACUUUCAACAACUACGCAAUCUAAUUUUAAUACCACAGCAUAUACUUCUACCGUUACGGAGGAAAGUACGAUUCCGUAUUCGAGUGAAAGUACAGAAUCUUCAAGUGAAGUAGCCACUGAAACUUCUGAGGCUUCUAUGACAACUAUGCAAGCUUUCGAUUAUUCGACACCAGAAAUCUACGAGAUGACUACACUUUCAACAACUACGCAACCUAAUUUUAAUAUCACAGCAUAUACUUCUACCGUUACGGAGGAAAGUACGAUUCCAUAUUCGAGUGAAAGUACAGAAUCUUCAAGUGAAGUAGCCACUGAAGCUUUUGAGGCCUCUAUGACAACCAUACAAACUUUUAACUAUUCGACACCAGAAACUUACGGGAUGACUACAUCCUCAACAACUACGCAAUCUAAUUUUAAUAACACAGCAUAUACUUUUUCUACUGUUAUGGAGGAAAGUACAACAACCUCGUAUUUCAGUGAAAGCACAGAAUCUUCGAGCGAAGUAAUCACUGGAAUUUCUGAGACAUCUAUUAUUCAAGAAAGUACAUCCGUCUCCAUGGAAAGCAAACCAACUUUAAGUACAACAGUAGCGGAUGACGUAUUUAAAACUUCCACGACGCUGACAACAGAUGUCGAAGGUGUAGAAAGUACUACUGCUUCAGACAUCUCAGAAGUGUUUACUGUUAAAGAUAUUUCCGAAGAAAGUACCGAAAUUAUUCCAACAGUGAAAGAUAUUGAAUUCAGUAGUGAGAAAUUUUCUAAGAGUGAGACAACUACUAUGUCUUAUGUUACUGAAAUGACGUUUACUACGAAUUUAAUGAAAGAAACGAAUGUAAGUACAGAAGUAACUGAACCGACAAAAGUGCAGAUAGUCACUCCUGUUACAUAUGUUUAUCCUCCAGAUGAGACGUUGCCAUUGGGUCAUGUUGUUACUGUUACUCCGAUAUGUGUAGGUGAGUAUACUACAGAAGUGCCAGAGAUUACUGAAUCGACAAGUACGUCUAGCAGUUUUAUUGAGAAUGUUACAAUGGGUGAAAGUUCCAGUACAAUGGAAUUGAUUACUGAGAAUUUAAAUAUAGCAACGACAGAAAAUGUAACAUUGAUAACUGUGACAGCAGAAUAUCCUCUGAAAGAUGAAACAACAAUUGAGUCAACGACAGAGACGUCGCAAAUAACAGGGGAAUAUUCGACAGAGCCAUUUUACCAUUACACAACUUUAGAAUCUCCUACGAGUAAAUUGGAAACAACUACUGAAAGAUCAACUGAACGAUCUUUUGUAACAGAUUUUUUCACGAAAGAACCUUCAGUAACAAUGUAUUCUACGGAAGAAUCUUUGGAAACCUCAACGAUUGAACAGCCACGAACAAUAAUGCAAUAUAUUACGGAUCAACCUUCUACAACUAGUCAGUUUUCUAUCGAACAACAAUCAACGACAACACAGUAUUCAACAGAACAAUCUUUUACAACUCUAAAGUAUUCAACAGAAUCACCAUUGACAACUGAUCAAUAUACCAUUAAACAAGAAUUAACAACAACGCAAUAUCCUGAAAAAUCUUCUACAACUUCACAAUAUUCAACAGAACAUCUUUCAACGACUGAACAAUACACCGCGGAACAAUCUACAACUAAUGAAUAUGUCAUCGAACAACAACCAUCGACAAUACAGUAUUCAACAGAACUCUCAACUGAACAUACCACGGAACAGCAUUCAACAGUUCAACAAUAUUCUACGGAACAGCCACAAACAACUAUACAAUAUUCCACGGAACACUUACGAACAACAACACAAUACUCAACGGAACAACCUCCAACAACUAUUGAAUAUUCCAUCGAACAACAACCAACAACUAUACAGUAUUCAACAGAGCUUUCAACCACUGAACAUAUUACGGAACAACCUUCAACAGUUCAACAAUAUUCUACGGAGCAGCCACAAACAACUAUGCAAUAUUCCACGGAACACCUACGAACAACAACGCAAUAUUCUACGGAACAACCUUCAACAACUAAUCCAUAUUUCACCGAACAACAACCAGUAACAACACGGUAUUCAACAGAACUCUCAACUACUGAACAGAUCACGGAACAACCUUCAACAGUUCAACAAUAUUCUACGGAACAGCCACAAACAACUAUACAAUAUUCCACGGAACACUUACGAACAACAACACAAUACUCAACGGAACAACCCCCAACAACUAUUGAAUAUUCCAUCGAACAACAACCAACAACUAUACAGUAUUCAACAGAGCUUUCAACCACUGAACAUAUCACGGAACAACCUUCAACAGUUCAACAAUAUUCUACGGAACAGCCACAAACAACUAUACAAUAUUCCACGGAACACUUACGAACAACAACACAAUACUCAACGGAACAACCCCCAACAACUAUUGAAUAUUCCAUCGAACAACAACCAACAACUAUACAGUAUUCAACAGAGCUUUCAACCACUGAACAUAUCACGGAACAACCUUCAACAGUUCAACAAUAUUCUACGGAACAGCCACAAACAACUAUACAAUAUUCCACGGAACACUUACGAACAACAACACAAUACUCAACGGAACAACCCCCAACAACUAUUGAAUAUUCCAUCGAACAACAACCAACAACUAUACAGUAUUCAACAGAGCUUUCAACCACUGAACAUAUCACGGAACAACCUUCAACAGUUCAACAAUAUUCUACGGAACAACCUCCAACAACUAAUCGAUAUUUCACCGAACAACAACCAACAACUAUACAGUAUUCAACAGAACUUUCAACCACUGAACAUACCACGGAACAGCCUUCAACCAUUCAACAAUAUUCCACGGAGCAGCCACAAACAACGAUGCAAUAUUCCACAGAAUACUUACGAACAACAACGCAAUAUUCAACGGAACAACCUUCAACAACUAAUCCAUAUUUCACCGAACAACAACCAGCAACAACACGGUAUUCAACAGAACUCUCAACUACUGAGGAACGUCCAACAAUCCAACAGUAUUCCACGGAACAGACACACACAACAAUACAAUAUUCCACGGAACAACCUACAAUAACUGUACCAUACUCCACAGAGCUAGAACAAUAUUUCACAGAGUCAUAUCCCACAUUAACAACUCCUAUAAAUACUCCAGGGCAGAUACCUUGUGACCAAACCACCAUCAAUGAUUCCGAAUGUAAUAUCUGUUUGAACGAUACGUGUCGGCCCGUGUGCUUCAACCUAACAGUGAACCAGAGUACACCUAAUUGUAGCAUACUCCCAGAUACCAAAUGCAAAACGCACGACGACUGUCUCUCUCAAUUGGCCUGCAUAAACGAUCAGUGUCUGAACCCGUGCACUCUUCAUAAUCCUUGCGACUUCGUGGAAGUCUGCCAUGUUCAAGACCACAGGCCCGUUUGCGUGAAAGAUGUAAUAAACGAUAAGACAGACUGUCCCUACUGUCCAGCGGGUAUGGAGUGCGAUCCAGCGACGUAUACUUGCGUGAAAGCGGGUUGCACUAGCAACAAAGAUUGCCCGCUGACAGAGGCGUGCAUUGAGGGCACUUGUCAGGAACCUUGCCUCGUUUGGAAUCCUUGCACCAAAAACGCGAUCUGCGUUAACACCAAUCACCAAGCGGAUUGCAGCUGCGAGGACGGUUAUCAUGGAAAUGGAUUCUCCUACUGUGAACCAGAAGAAGAAAGCAGAAACGUAUGUCAAUACAACGAAGAUUGUCCAUCGAGCAAAUAUUGUGAUCGCCUUAACCGGAAGUGCAUCGACCCAUGCUUGGAGAACGAUUGUGGUGUGAACGCGAAUUGUUAUCCAGAGAAUCAUCAAGCUCAAUGCAAGUGUUUGCCUGGAUUCCAAGGAAAUCCUGAAAUUGGAUGCACACUAACGACCACCAAUCCGUGUGUUCCAAACCCUUGUGGUUUAGACGCCAUGUGCGAGAACGAUAAUGGCAAUCCUAUAUGCUUCUGUCCGAAAGGAUUGACUGGAAAUCCGUUUGAACAGUGUAUACCAGAAGGUGACCAGUGCCAAGAAAAUCCAUGUGGCGUUAAUUCUGGGUGUCGCGUGGUGUCAGGACAAGUGAGAUGCUUCUGUUUGCCAGGAUACGAGGGGAAACCACCUGCUUCUCCUUGCACGCUUCCUAGCAACCCUUGCGAACCAUCUCCUUGUGGACCUAAUACUCAAUGUACCGUAUUGAACAACGGCCUUUCGAAAUGUACUUGCCUACCAGGAUACAUCGAAAGUCCAAAUACGAUCAGGGGAUGCGUGCCUAAGUCUGAUCAGUGUAGUCCUAAUCCCUGUGGACUUGGCGCUAAAUGUGACUCGGAUAGAGUACCUCCUUGUUAUUGUCCGGAGCAUACCGUUGGAAAUCCUUAUCAGAGUUGCGCAGUAACUCCAGCAGAUACAUACUCACCUUGCCUGCUAGUUCCUUGCGGAAAGAACGCGGUCUGUGUCGAGGAGGACGGCAUUGGAAAAUGCAAGUGUAUUCCACCAUUUAUUGGGAACCCAUACAUGGACGGUUGCGAAGCGGAAUGUAUCGUGAACCAAGACUGCGACAAUCAUCUUGCGUGUUUCAAUCAGCAUUGUAGAGAUCCUUGUCCAGGUGUUUGCGGUUCCAAUGCAAAAUGCGAAGUGGUUGAUCAUGUUCCAGUUUGUUCUUGCUUACCUGGCUACACCGGCGAUCCGUUUGGCUCUUGCAAACUCGAGACGUCUCCUCUUCCAUCUCAGAAUCCUUGCAUGCCAUCACCUUGCGGACCGCACAGUAUCUGUCGCGUGAUGAACGAUCGUGCCGUUUGUUCGUGCAGUCCAGGAUAUCAUGGAACGUCGCCUAAUUGUCGUCCAGAAUGUCUAGUUAGCUCAGAGUGUCCUGCACACUUGGCUUGCAUCGGUCAAAAAUGUGGUGAUCCUUGCCCUGGUCUCUGUGGACAGAAUGCUUUAUGCCAGGUCGUCAAUCACAACCCCAUUUGCAGUUGUCCUUCGGAUUAUCUCGGUGAUCCUUUCACUCAAUGCGUCAAAGAAGAUAUACCACUGCCAAGACCAAAGAAUCCUUGUUUACCAUCGCCCUGUGGCCCGAACGCCGAGUGUCGUGUGCAAGAGGAUCAUCCAGUUUGCACGUGUAUCAGUGGAAUGUUCGGAGCACCGCCACUUUGCAGACCAGAAUGUUCGAUUCAUCAAGACUGUCCACAUUAUCUCGCCUGUGUUCAAAAGAAAUGCGUGGAUCCUUGUGCUGGUUCUUGCGGAUUUAAUACCAACUGCACCGUGCAGAACCAUCGGCCGAUGUGUCAAUGUAACGAAGGUUACGAAGGGGAUCCAUUCUCUGGAUGUAGCAAAGUUACUUUCCCAGUGCCACUGCCAUGCGACCCAUCGCCGUGUGGCGCGAAUGCAAUUUGCAAAGAACGAAACGGAGCUGGUUCGUGUAGCUGUUUACCCGACUACACCGGAGACCCAUAUCAAGGAUGUAGACCAGAAUGUGUUCAAAAUUCAGACUGUGUUCAUACGAAGGCUUGUAUAAACAAUAAAUGCAAGGAUCCAUGCGUGGGUGCGUGUGGUAUAAAUGCUCAAUGUCAAGUGAUCAAUCAUCAACCCUCGUGCAGCUGUCUCUCUGGCUACACGGGAGAUCCAUUAAAAUCCUGCCAUAUAUCGCCUGUUACACCACUGCCACGUGAUCCAUGCCAACCAUCACCGUGUGGAUCAUAUAGUAAUUGUCGCGUGAUCGACAAUCAUGCGGUUUGUUCCUGCCAACCAAAUUAUGUCGGUAGUCCUCCACAAUGUAGACCAGAGUGUGUGGUUAGCACAGAUUGCGCUCAGAACAUGGCUUGUAUCGAUCAGAAGUGCAGAGAUCCUUGUCCAGGCACUUGUGGUCAGAAUGCUGAUUGUCAAGUUAUCAACCAUAAUCCCGUAUGCAGUUGCACGUCUGGAUACACCGGAGAUCCGUUCUUUGGUUGUGUCAAAGAAGUGGAACCGAAACAACCUGGACCAAAACCAAGUGGAAAUCCAUGCAUUCCAUCGCCUUGCGGUCCGAAUUCUCAGUGUCGCGUGAUUGAUGGAUUCCCAGCAUGUUCCUGUCUACCGAAUUACGUAGGCAGAGCACCGAAUUGUCGACCGGAGUGUGUUAUUAACGAAGGAUGUCCUGGAAAUCUUGCAUGUCAGAACGAACAGUGUGUAGAUCCUUGCCCGGGAUCCUGUGGCGUGAACACUUACUGCAAUGUCGUGAAACACAAUCCAGUUUGUAUUUGCAAUACCGGGUACACUGGAAAUCCAUUCACUGAAUGCGUACCUAUCAUGAAAGUACCCACAACCACGGAACAACCGCGCACGCCAUGCAAUCCAUCUCCGUGCGGAGCGAACGCGAUCUGCAAUGAACGUAACGGCGUAGGAUCUUGCACUUGUCGUCCAGAAUACAUCGGCGAUCCCUAUACAGGAUGUCGACCAGAAUGUGUGACAAACACCGAUUGCGAUCGUAGCAAGGCUUGCCUGAACAAUAAAUGCGUGAAUCCAUGCCCUGGCACAUGCGGCCAGGGAGCAACUUGUCGCGUGAUCAAUCACGCUCCAUCGUGUUCCUGUCUUCCUGGUUUCACCGGGGAUCCUUUCAGCGCCUGCGUAGUGCUCGAAGUGACGCCAACUUCACCGCCACUAAAUCCCUGCGAACCAUCACCAUGUGGACCCAACAGCAACUGUCGUGUUCACAAUGGACACGCUGUGUGUCUUUGUCAACUAGGAUUUGUCGGUGUUCCUCCAACCUGUCGUCCAGAAUGCACAGUGAGCUCGGAAUGUUCUCAAAACAAAGCGUGCAUCGAUAACAAAUGCGCAGAUCCUUGUCCAGGUUCCUGUGGGUUGAACACUAAAUGUCUGACAGUGAAUCACAAUCCGAUUUGUACUUGCACUAAUGGAUACACUGGCAAUCCACUGGUUCAGUGCACCAAAGUUAACGUAUCACAACCACCGUUUAAGGAUCUUGGAAGUCCGUGCACUCCUAAUCCUUGCGGACCUAAUUCUCAAUGCAGAGUUAUUGGCUCUCAACCAGCUUGUUCUUGUUUGUCGAACUUCAUCGGUCGUCCACCGAAUUGUAGACCGGAGUGCACUGAUAACUCGGAUUGCUUCCAUUCGGCCGCGUGUAUUAACCAGAGAUGCAAGAGUCCUUGUCCCGGAGCCUGUGGAGAGCUGGCUAGGUGCUCCGUUCAGAAUCACGUUCCGAUUUGUACGUGUCCCGAGGGUUAUGAGGGCGAUGCCACUGUUCGAUGUACUCUGGCACCUCCUCCAGCAACGGACAUAAGCGUAACAAACCCAUGUUCUCCGAACCCAUGCGGUCCAAACGCUCAAUGUCGCGAAAGAAACGGUGCAGGAGCCUGUGCAUGUCCACCAGAUCUUAUCGGAGAUCCGUACGAUAACGCAAAAGGAUGUCACAGAGAGUGUGAAUCGAACAACGAUUGUGCUCCACAAUUAACCUGCGUUGGUUUCAAGUGUUCUGAUCCGUGCCCAAGCACUUGCGGUACAUUAUCCAUCUGUAAUGUUCAGGAACAUGUUCCGGUGUGUACUUGCCCUCCAGAAUACACGGGAGACCCGUACUUCGCUUGCGAAGUUAAGGAAAUAUCGAGAGAACCAUUGGAUCCAUGUUCACCAUCACCGUGUGGACCCAAUAGUAAGUGUCGCGAAGUGAAUGGUCAAGCAGUCUGCACGUGUCUUCCGGAAUACAGAGGAAUCCCACCGAACUGUAGACCUCACUGCGUGGUCAAUGCCGAAUGUCCAGCUCACUUGGCUUGUUUGAAUAAGAAAUGCACGGAUCCAUGUCCAAACACCUGUGGAUUGAGAGCAUUGUGUACUACUAAGAAUCAUAAUCCUAUUUGUACUUGUCCUGUUGGAUUUACAGGAGAUCCUUUCUCACUAUGCUCGCCUGCGCAAGAAGUUCAACCGUUCACGGAACGACCGCCGUCCUGCACUCCAUCACCCUGCGGUCCAAAUUCGCUGUGCCAGAUCAUAUCCGGAAAUCCAGCCUGCUCCUGUUUGCCAAAUUACAUCGGUGUUCCUCCAGAGUGCAGACCAGAGUGCAUUCUAAGCUCCGAAUGCAAGAGUCACCUUGCUUGUGUGAACCAGAAAUGUCAGGAUCCUUGUCCAGGAUCUUGUGGCGUUAAUGCUCAGUGUCACGUACUGAAUCACAUUCCUGUUUGCACCUGUAUGAAUGGUUUCACCGGUGAUCCGUUUACACAGUGCACAGUGAUUCCACCAACAACUGUACCAUCUGUGAGCGAUCCAUGCAGCCCAUCGCCUUGUGGACCUAACGCCCUAUGCAAAAAUGGAGAUUGCGAGUGUUUACCUGAAUAUAUCGGCAAUCCGUAUGAAGCUUGUCGACCAGAAUGUAUUCUCAAUUCGGAAUGUGCACGCGAUAAGACUUGUCUGAAGAAUAAGUGCAGAGAUCCUUGCCCUGGCACAUGCGGACAGAAUGCGGUGUGCGAUGUUGUGAAUCAUAUUCCUGUGUGUUCCUGUAUACCUGGAUACAUUGGAGAUCCGUUCGUCAGCUGUCGUGUUCAACCACAAGUUCCAGAAGCAAUGAGAGAUCCAUGCUCGCCCUCACCAUGUGGACCAAACAGCCAAUGUCGUAACAUCGAGGACCACGCAGUGUGUUCUUGUCUUCAGGGAUAUCUUGGAUCACCACCUUCGUGCAGACCAGAAUGCGUGGUCAGUACGGAAUGUCCUCCGACUCGUGCUUGCGUGAACAAAAAAUGUACGGAUCCCUGUUUGGGUUCUUGCGGCUUGAACGCCAGAUGCGAAGUGAUCAAUCAUUCGCCGAUCUGCAGUUGUCUUUCUGGACAGACUGGAGAUCCUUUCAAGAGCUGCUACGAUACUCCGAUCUUACCAGACGUCAAAGACACGGGAGACCCGUGCAAUCCAUCGCCAUGCGGUCCAAAUGCUCAAUGCCACAACGUGAAUGGCUAUCCAUCCUGUUCUUGUCUUCCAACCUAUAUCGGAACCCCGCCGUCUUGUCGUCCGGAGUGUCUCAUAAAUCCCGACUGCCCAUCGGACAAAGCUUGCGUAAAUUCCAAAUGCACGGAUCCUUGUGCAGGGUCCUGUGCCGAAAAUGCCAGGUGUUUGGUAGUCAAUCAUGCUGUUACCUGCUCAUGUCCAGCCGACUACACAGGAAAUCCUUUCGUCCAAUGUGUCGAAUUGGAUCAAGAACCAAUCAAUCCAUGCGAGCCUUCGCCUUGUGGUCCAAAUGCGAUCUGCCAACAGCGUGACAACGUCGGUGCUUGUAUUUGCAUCGACGAUUACCACGGAAAUCCCUAUGAAGGCUGUCAGCCAGAAUGCAUCCUCAGUUCAGACUGUCCAACGAACAAAGCCUGCGUUCGCAACAAAUGUGAAGAUCCGUGUCCAGGAAUAUGCGGCAUUCAGGCUCAAUGCUCCGUCAUCAACCACAUCCCUACUUGCACAUGUCAGCCUGGCUACGUAGGAGAUCCCUUCAGCAUCUGUAAUUUACCAAUCAAUGCAGACACUGAGCCUACUGUCACUGAUCCAUGUAGUCCUACGCCUUGUGGACCCAAUAGCUUGUGCAGAGCCGUGAAAUAUCAAGCUGUGUGUACUUGCCAGGAAUCAUUCGUUGGUUCUCCGCCUAACUGCAAGCCCGAGUGUGUCGUAAAUUCUGAAUGUCCUCAAAAUAGGGCUUGUUACAAAUACAAGUGUAAUGAUCCUUGUCCUGGAACGUGUGGAGUGGGAGCUAAUUGUCGUGUAAUUAAUCAUAAUCCGCUGUGCAGCUGCCCUCAGGGUACUACGGGAGAUCCUUUCUCUAGAUGCUAUCCUCAGACGGUCACACCAACGCCACCAGUGGGUGAUCCUUGCAGCCCAAGUCCGUGCGGCCUCUACGCAGAAUGUAGAGCAAUUGGCGAUCAAGCUGCUUGUUCAUGUCUCAAGAACUACAUAGGACUGCCACCAAAUUGUCGACCAGAGUGCGUCGUUAACACAGAUUGUCCUUCUAAUCAAGCCUGCAUCUCGGAAAAAUGCAGAGAUCCUUGCAUUGGAUCGUGUGGACAAAAUGCAGAUUGUAGGGUGCAGAAUCACAUUCCUGUCUGCUUGUGCCAACCAGGAUAUACCGGCGAUCCUUUCACGCUAUGCUCGCAGAUAAUAGAACAACCGAAGCCAGAAGAUCUGUGCAAUCCAUCCCCCUGUGGACCAAACGCAGAUUGCAGAGAGGGAAUCUGCACGUGCCUUCCAAACUAUUUCGGUGAUCCAUACUCGUACUGUCGUCCAGAAUGCACUAUGAAUUCGGACUGCUCUCGAGUAAAGGCGUGUGUCAAUCAAUUUUGCGUGGAUCCUUGUAUUGGCACGUGUGGAACCAAUGCGAAAUGCGACGUGGUCAAUCACAUUCCUAUGUGCAGCUGUUUCCCUGGUACCACUGGAGAUCCGUUCACACUGUGUCGACCACAGAUAUCUGAAGAACCAAGAAAACAACCAUGCACACCGUCUCCCUGUGGGCCGAACAGCAUUUGCAAGGUGGUGAACGAUCAUGCAGUCUGCUCUUGUCAGACUGACUUUAUCGGUAGUCCUCCUGCGUGCAGACCAGAGUGUGUAGUGAGUGCCGAGUGUCCGUUAACUCAGGCGUGUCUCGCUAACAAGUGUCAAGAUCCCUGUCCAGGAACUUGCGGACAGAAUACCAAGUGUCAAGUAGUCAAUCACAAUCCAAUAUGCAGCUGCUCCGAGGGACACACUGGCGAUCCUUUCACUAGAUGUUACAUCAUGCCCAGACAACCACCAGUACCAACGAACCCGUGUCAACCAUCUCCGUGUGGUCCGAACGCGGAGUGUCAAGUGCGAGGUGAUAGUUCAGCGUGUUCGUGUAUCGAAAAUUACAUCGGUGUUCCACCAAAUUGUAGACCUCAGUGUACGAUUAAUCCCGAGUGUCCGCCGCAUUUAGCGUGUAUGCAACAAAAGUGUCGCGAUCCGUGCGUCGGUCUGUGCGGUUUGAACGCUCAGUGUACGGUGGUGAAUCAUCACGCGGUGUGUGCUUGUGUCGAUGGUUACAGCGGAAAUCCGUUCAGCGUUUGCGAGGCGAUCCCGAAGGAUACACCCUUAGAUAUUAGGAAACCAUGCGAGCCUUCCCCCUGUGGUACCAACGCGAUCUGUCGCGAGAACAAUGGCGUCGGUUCCUGUUCCUGUCUGCCAGACUACAUUGGUGACCCCUACGAAGGAUGCAGACCUGAAUGUACCCAAAACCCCGAUUGCUCCAAGACGAUGGCCUGCAUGGGCCUCAAGUGCCGAGAUCCCUGUCCAGGAACCUGUGGAUUGCAAGCCCGUUGCGAAACGAUCAAUCACGUACCUGCGUGUUCAUGUAACCCUGGAUACACUGGCAAUCCGUUCACCUAUUGUUCCCCCAUCUCCGCUGCUCCAAACCCCAUAGAGUCAGACCCCUGUAGUCCGUCUCCAUGCGGACCGAAUAGUCAAUGUCGAAACGUCAACGACCAUGCUGUGUGUACCUGCCUGGCAAAUUUCAUUGGAAGCCCACCAACUUGUCGACCCGAAUGCGUGGUAAACAGUGAAUGUUCGAGGGAACUUGCGUGCAUUAAUCAAAAAUGCGCGUCCCCGUGCAUGAACUCGUGUGGUAUCAAUACGCAGUGUAAGGUGAUCAACCACAGCCCCAUAUGCAUCUGUAAUAUUGGAUAUACUGGUGAUCCGUUUACGAAAUGCUUCCCUACUCCACAAUCACCCCAGAAAGACACUGACCUCGCUCCCAAAGAUCCGUGCGUGCCAUCACCUUGUGGCAUGUACGCAGAAUGCAGGAACAUCGGUGGUACAGCCUCUUGUUCCUGUCUGCCAAGAUAUAUCGGAUCCCCACCGACCUGUCGACCGGAAUGUCGCGUGAAUUCAGAUUGCCCCAUGAAUCUUGCGUGUACCAAUGAGAAGUGCAGAGAUCCUUGCCAAGGAUCCUGUGGUGUCACGUCCCUGUGCACGGUUUACAAUCACGUGCCUGUGUGCACCUGCCCUGAAGGAUACACCGGCGAUCCUUUCAGCAAUUGCUAUCCCGCACCCAUUAAACCAACUGAACCAACUAUUGUUGACCCUUGUGCAUCCUCACCAUGUGGACCUAAUGCACGUUGCGACGAUGGAAUUUGCACAUGUUUACCAGAGUAUCAGGGAGAUCCUUACGUUGGUUGUCGACCAGAGUGCGUACUGAAUACGGAUUGUCCUCAGAAUCGAGCAUGCAUCAGGAACAAGUGUGUUGAUCCUUGCCCCGGCACAUGUGGCCGAAAUGCGCAGUGUCUGAUAUUCAAUCAUGUGCCCAUGUGCAGCUGUCCUAGUGGAAUGGUCGGAAAUGCAUUUGUUCAGUGCACUGCCCUUCAAGAUACUGUAAAGAGGAAUCCUUGUUCGCCGUCACCCUGUGGACCAAAUAGCGUGUGUAGAGAGAUCAAUGAACAGCCAGUGUGUUCCUGCGUAGCAGGAUUCCUGGGUGCACCACCUACCUGUAGACCAGAAUGUACAGUUAGUUCAGAUUGUCCUUUAUCAGAAGCUUGUACCAACCAGAAAUGUGUCAAUCCCUGUCCCGGUUCAUGUGGAUUCAGAGCUACUUGUAACGUUGUCAAUCAUAAUCCUAUAUGCAGUUGUCCAUCAGAACUCACUGGCGAUCCAUUUGUUCAGUGUGUUCUACGACCACCCGAGCCCGUAGUGCCACAAAACCCAUGCGAACCUUCUCCAUGCGGACCCAAUGCAGAAUGCAGAGUGGUCAAUGACGCUCCCUCUUGCUCUUGUUCGCCGGAAUUCAUAGGCACACCUCCCAAUUGUAGACCCGAAUGUAUCAGUAACAGCGAAUGUUCUGGUCACAUGGCGUGUAUGAAUCAGAAAUGUAGAGACCCUUGUCCGGGAUCCUGUGGUGCUAACGCUGAAUGUCGCGUUGUCAGUCACACACCUAUGUGUGUGUGUCCGAGCGACUAUACCGGUGAUCCCUUCACUCAAUGUACACCUAGACCACCUGUCCCUGUGAAUAUUUCUCCAUGCACUCCUUCGCCAUGUGGCUUCAACGCGAUAUGCAAAGAACAAAACGGUAUAGGUUCGUGUUCCUGUUCGCUCGAUUACAUUGGCAACCCUUACGAAGGUUGUCGUCCUGAAUGUGUCGUUGAUACGGACUGUCCAUCUACCUUGAGCUGUAUACGUUCUAAAUGUCAAGAUCCUUGUCCAGGCACUUGUGGAACGAACACAGAGUGCAAGGUUAUCAAUCAUCGUCCUGCGUGCACGUGUAUUCAAGGUUACAGUGGAAAUCCAUUCCAAUACUGCACCUUGAUGCGUGAAUUAGAAGAUAAACCGACGUACAAGGACCCAUGCAAUCCUUCACCUUGCGGACCAAACAGUCAAUGUCGAGUAGUAAAUGAUCAAGGGGGUUGUUCCUGUCUGCCAGAAUAUACAGGCGUACCUCCAAUGUGCCGACCUGAGUGCGUUCUAAACUCAGAGUGUCCUCAAGAUCGUGCAUGUAUUAACCAGAAAUGCGUGGACCCGUGUCCAGCUUCUUGUGGUACAUUCGCUACAUGCGUGGUCAGGAAUCACAGUCCAAUCUGUGCAUGUAGGCAAUCAUACACGGGGGAUCCCUUCACCAGAUGCUUCCCUAUUCCACAAGCUACGCCUCCUACAGCACUCGAAGUUACACAACCAUGUUUGCCUUCUCCUUGCGGUCCAAAUUCAGAAUGUCGUGUGGUUAAUGGUGGGCCAUCUUGUCAAUGUCGACCAUCUUAUAUUGGAAGUCCUCCAAACUGUCGUCCAGAGUGUACAGUGAAUUCUGAUUGUUCUCCUAGUCAAGCUUGCAUGAGAGCAAAAUGCGGAGACCCUUGCCCAGGUUCUUGUGGAUCUAAUGCUCAGUGCACUGUACUCAAUCACGUUCCUAUAUGUUCCUGCUUCGAAGGAUACACGGGAGAUCCUUUCAGUAACUGUCAUCCUGCUCCCGUUAAGCCAACUGAACCCACUGUUACUGACCCUUGUACACCAUCGCCUUGUGGUCCCAAUGCACGUUGUGACAAUGGAAUUUGUACAUGUCUAUCAGAAUAUCAGGGUGAUCCAUACGUAGGUUGUCGUCCAGAAUGUGUACUGAAUACGGACUGUCCUCAGAAUAGAGCUUGUUUAAGAAACAAGUGCGUUGAUCCUUGUCCUGGUACAUGUGGUGUCAAUGCAGAAUGUUUAGUAUACAAUCACGUGCCCAUGUGCAGUUGUCCUAAUGGAAUGGUUGGAAACGCAUUCGUUCAGUGCACAAUUCUUCAAGAUACCGUCAAAGGAAACCCAUGUUCGCCUUCACCGUGUGGACCAAACAGUGUUUGUCGAGAGAUCAAUGGUCAGCCUGUUUGCUCCUGCGUAGCAGGAUACUUAGGAGCACCACCAACUUGCAGACCAGAAUGUACAGUCAGUUCCGAUUGUCCACCGACACAGGCUUGCACCAAUCAGAAAUGUGUCAAUCCUUGCCCCGGUACAUGUGGGUUUAGAGCCAUUUGCAAUGUUGUCAAUCAUAAUCCGAUAUGCAGCUGUCCACCUGAACUCUCUGGCGAUCCAUUUGUUCAGUGUGUUCCACGACCACCCGAGCCCGUAGUGCCACAAAACCCAUGUGAACCAUCUCCGUGUGGACCCAAUGCAGAAUGCAGAGUCAUCAAUAGUGCACCCUCUUGCUCCUGUUUGUCGGAAUUCAUAGGAGCCCCACCUAAUUGCAGGCCCGAAUGUGUUAGCAAUAGCGAAUGUCCUAGUCAGUUUGCCUGUAUGAAUAAAAAAUGCAGGGAUCCUUGUCCUGGAUCUUGUGGGGCUAACGCCGAGUGUCGUGUUGUUAGUCAUACACCUAUGUGUAUUUGCCCUGAUCGCUAUACCGGUGAUCCUUUCACUCAGUGUACACUCAAACCACCUGUUCCCGUCAAUCUCUCCCCAUGUAGUCCAUCGCCGUGUGGUUUCAAUGCGAUAUGUAAAGAACAGAACGGUGUCGGUUCAUGUUCCUGUGCAGCCGAUUACAUCGGCAAUCCUUACGAAGGGUGCCGCCCUGAGUGUGUCGUUGACACGGACUGUCCAUCAGCAUUAAGUUGUAUACGCUCUAAAUGCCAAGAUCCCUGCCCAGGUACCUGUGGCACGAACGCAGAAUGCAAGGUCAUCAACCAUCGCCCUGCGUGCACGUGCUUCCGAGACUACACUGGAAAUCCAUUCCAAUACUGUAACUUGAUACGUGAAAUAGGUACGAAAAAUCUCUCAAAUGAUCCGUGCAAUCCUUCUCCCUGUGGACCAAACAGUCAGUGUCGCGUAGUAAACAGUCAAGGAGUCUGCUCCUGUCUACCAGAAUUCACGGGUGCUCCUCCUAUGUGUCGCCCCGAGUGUACUCUAAAUUCCGAGUGCCCUGAAGAACGUGCAUGCGUUAACCAGAAAUGUGUGGACCCGUGUCCCGCAUCUUGUGGCACAUUUGCUACAUGCGUGGUAAAAAAUCACAGUCCAAUUUGUGCUUGCAGAGAAGCAUACACUGGAGAUCCAUUCACUAGAUGUUUCCCCAUCCCACCCUUACCACCAGCCACAGUCGAACCUUCACAACCUUGCUUGCCAUCUCCUUGUGGUCCAAAUUCAGAGUGUCGUGUAGUUAACGGAGGUCCAUCUUGUCAAUGUCUACCAACUUACAUUGGAAGUCCACCAAACUGUCGUCCAGAGUGUACAGUUAGCUCUGACUGUUCUCCCAGUCAAGCCUGUAUAAGACAAAAAUGCAGAGAUCCUUGUCCAGGGUCUUGUGGCUCUAACGCACAGUGUACAGUAUCGAAUCACGUCCCUGUAUGUUCGUGUCUAAGUGGGUACACAGGAGAUCCUUUCAACAGUUGCAAUCUUGCUCCUGUUAAACCAACUGAACCCACGAUUAUUGACCCUUGUGCAUCAUCACCUUGUGGUCCCAAUGCACGUUGCGACAGUGGAAUCUGUACAUGUUUACCAGAGUAUCAGGGAGAUCCUUACAUUGGUUGUCGACCAGAAUGUGUGUUGAACACAGAUUGCCCUCAGAAUCGUGCUUGUUUGAGAAACAAGUGUGUUGAUCCUUGUCCUGGUACUUGUGGCAUAAAUGCAGAAUGUCUGGUGUACAGUCACGUGCCCAUGUGCAACUGUCCCAACGGAAUGGUUGGAAACGCAUUUGUUCAGUGCACUGUUCUCCAAGGUACAAAUUAAGAAAUUUCAUUUGCGAUGAUAAUUUAAUUCUCAACUCACACGCCUCUGACUGUCUCCCAUUAUAUUUUAACGAUAGAUACCAUAAAAAUAAACCCUUGUUCACCUUCACCAUGUGGACCAAACAGUAUUUGCCGAGAGAUCAAUGGACAGCCCGUUUGUUCGUGCGUAGCAGGAUUCCUAGGUGCUCCUCCAACUUGUAGACCAGAAUGUAUACUUAGUUCUGAUUGUUCUCUAUCAGAAGCUUGUAGUAAUCAAAAAUGUGUUAAUCCUUGUCCUGGCUCAUGUGGAUUCAGAGCUACUUGUAACGUUGUCAAUCAUAAUCCUAUAUGCAGCUGCCCACCAGAUCUCACUGGCGAUCCAUUUGUUCAAUGUACCCCACGCCGUAAGCAGUCACCUGAGCCCAUUGUGCCACAAAACCCAUGCGAACCUUCUCCAUGCGGACCAAAUUCUCAAUGUAGAGUUGUCAACGAUGCUCCCUCAUGUUCUUGUUCUCCAGAAUUCAUAGGCGCACCUCCGAAUUGUCGACCGGAAUGUGUCAGUAAUAGCGAAUGUCCUAGUCAGUUUGCUUGCAUCAAUCAGAAAUGCAGAGAUCCUUGUCCUGGAUCCUGCGGGGCGAACGCGGAGUGUCGUGUUGUCAGUCAUACUCCAAUGUGUGUUUGUCCUGAGGAUUAUACUGGUGACCCCUUCACACAGUGUACACCAAGACCACCUAUCCCCGUCGAUAUUUCUCCAUGCACCCCAUCACCGUGUGGUUUCAACGCGAUAUGCAGAGAACAAAGUGGUGUAGGGUCCUGUUCCUGUUUAAAUGAUUAUAUUGGCAAUCCCUAUCAAGGAUGUCGCCCAGAAUGUGUCGUUGACACUGACUGUUCAUCCACAUUGAGCUGCAUACGCUCUAAAUGUCAGGAUCCUUGUCCCGGCACCUGUGGUACGAACGCAGAGUGCCAAGUCAUCAAUCAUCGUCCUGCAUGCACUUGUCUCCAAGGUUACAGUGGAAAUCCCUUCCAAUACUGUACAGUAAUCCGGGAAAUAGAAGAUAAACCAACGUACAAGGAUCCAUGCAACCCUUCACCUUGCGGACCAAAUAGUCAAUGUCGAAUAAUUAAUGAUCAAGGUGUUUGCUCUUGCCUGGCUGAAUUCACUGGCACACCUCCCAUGUGUCGUCCCGAGUGUACUUUAAAUUCAGAAUGUUCACAAGAUCGUGCGUGUGUUAACCAGAAAUGUGUUAAUCCAUGUCCUGCUUCAUGUGGAACUUUUGCCACUUGCGUUGUCAGGAACCAUAGUCCAAUUUGUGCCUGCCGAGACUCGUAUACUGGAGAUCCGUUCACUAGAUGUUUCCCCAUCCCACAAGCCUUACCACCAUCCACAGUCGAACCUUCACAACCGUGUUUGCCAUCCCCUUGUGGUCCUAAUUCGGAGUGCCGUGUAGUUAACGGAGGUCCAUCCUGUCAAUGUCUACCAACUUACAUUGGAAGUCCACCAAACUGUCGUCCAGAAUGUACAGUAAACUCUGAUUGUUCCGCAAGCCAGACUUGCAUGAGACAAAGGUGCAGAGAUCCUUGUCCAGGUUCAUGUGGUUCCAAUGCCCAGUGCACGGUGCUCAAUCACGUUCCUAUAUGCACCUGUUUCGAAGGAUACACUGGAGAUCCUUUCAGUAACUGCAAUCUCUCUCCCGUCAUACCAAGUAAGAAAGAUGUUGAUCCCUGUGCAUCAUCACCUUGUGGGCCCAAUGCACGUUGCGACAAUGGAAUAUGUACAUGUUUGGCAGAAUAUCAAGGGGACCCUUAUAUGGGUUGUCGACCAGAAUGUGUACUGAACACAGACUGUCCUCAGAAUCGGGCUUGUUCAAGGAAUAAAUGCAUCGAUCCUUGUCCUGGUACAUGUGGUUUAAAUGCAGAAUGUUUAGUAUACAAUCACGUGCCUAUGUGUAGCUGUCCCGCUGGUAUGAUUGGAAAUGCUUUCGUUCAGUGCACUGUCUUCCAAGGUACAGUUCAAAGAAAUCCAUGUUCGCCUUCGCCGUGUGGACCAAACAGCGUUUGUCGAGAGAUCAAUGGUCAGCCUGUCUGCUCCUGCGUAGCAGGAUUCUUAGGAGCACCACCAACUUGUAGACCAGAGUGCACAGUCAGUACUGAUUGUCCAUUGACACAAGCUUGUACCAAUCAGAAGUGUGUAAAUCCAUGCCCGGGUUCAUGUGGAUUCAGAGCUGUUUGCAAUGUUGUCAAUCAUAAUCCUAUAUGCAGUUGUCCAGCAGACCUCGCUGGUGAUCCGUUUGUUCAAUGUGUUCCACCACCACCCGAACCCGUAGUGCCACAAAACCCAUGCGAACCUUCUCCAUGCGGACCAAAUUCUCAAUGUAGAGUUGUCAACGAUGCUCCCUCAUGUUCUUGUUCUCCAGAAUUCAUAGGCGCACCUCCGAAUUGUCGACCGGAAUGUGUCAGUAAUAGCGAAUGUCCUAGUCAGUUUGCUUGCAUCAAUCAGAAAUGCAGAGAUCCUUGUCCUGGAUCCUGCGGGGCGAACGCGGAGUGUCGUGUUGUCAGUCAUACUCCGAUGUGUGUUUGUCCUGAGGAUUAUACUGGUGACCCCUUCACGCAGUGUACACCAAGACCACCUGUCCCCGUCAGUCUUUCUCCGUGCACCCCAUCACCAUGCGGUUUCAAUGCGAUAUGCAAAGAGCAAAACGGUGUUGGAUCUUGUUCCUGCUUGUCUGAUUACAUUGGUAAUCCUUAUGAAGGGUGUCGACCCGAAUGUGUCAUUGAUACCGAUUGUGCAUCCACAUUGAGCUGUAUACGAUCCAAAUGUCAAGAUCCUUGUCCAGGGACUUGUGGUACAAAUGCAGAGUGUAAGGUCAUAAAUCACCGCCCUGCAUGUACAUGCAUUCAAGGUUACAGUGGGAAUCCCUUCCAAUUCUGUACUCUCAUACGGGAGAUAGAAGAUGACACGAAAUACAAAGAUCCGUGCAACCCUUCACCUUGCGGACCCAACAGUCAAUGUCGCGUCGUAAAUGGGCAAGGUGUCUGCUCUUGUCUACCAGAAUUCACGGGUGCUCCUCCUAUGUGUCGCCCCGAGUGUACUCUAAAUUCCGAGUGCCCUGAAGAACGUGCAUGCGUUAACCAGAAAUGUGUUAAUCCAUGCCCUGCUUCAUGUGGAACAUUCGCCACUUGCGUGGUCAGAAACCAUAGCCCGAUUUGUGCCUGCAGAGAUUCGUAUACUGGCGAUCCAUUCACCAGAUGUUUCCCUAUUCCACCUACACCACCUACAGCAAUUCAAGUUUCGCAACCUUGUUUGCCCUCUCCUUGUGGUCCAAAUUCAGAAUGUCGUGUGAUCAAUGGUGGCCCAUCUUGCCAGUGUCGGUCAACUUACGUUGGAAGUCCACCAAACUGUCGGCCAGAAUGUACGGUCAACUCCGAUUGUUCCCCUAGUCAGGCCUGCAUGAGAGAAAAAUGCAGGGACCCUUGUCCAGGUUCUUGUGGUUCCAACGCUCAGUGCACGGUGCUCAAUCACGUUCCCAUAUGUUCCUGCUUCAACGGAUACACCGGAGAUCCUUUCAGCAAUUGUUAUCCAAUUCCGGUGAUACCAACGGAACCGUCUGUGGUUGAUCCUUGCGCAUCAUCACCUUGUGGUCCCAAUGCACGUUGCGAAAGUGGUAUUUGUACAUGCUUGACAGACUAUCAGGGUGAUCCAUAUGUUGGGUGCCGACCAGAGUGCGUACUGAAUACAGAUUGUGCCCAGAAUCGGGCUUGUUUGAGAAACAAAUGUGUCGAUCCUUGCCCUGGUACUUGCGGUCGAAACGCGGAAUGUCUCGUAUACAAUCAUAUACCCAUGUGCAGUUGCCCGAGUGGAAUGGUUGGAAAUGCGUUUGUACUGUGCACUGUCGCUCAAGAUACCAUAAAGGGCAACCCAUGCUCUCCUUCGCCUUGCGGACCAAACAGUAUCUGUCGCGAAAUCAAUGGUCAACCUGUCUGCUCCUGCGUAUCUGGAUUUUUGGGAACACCACCUACCUGUAGACCAGAGUGUACAGUCAGCUCCGAUUGUCCCCUGACACAAGCUUGUAGCAACCAGAAAUGUGUCAAUCCAUGCUCUGGCACAUGUGGGUUCGGAGCCAUCUGCAACGUCGUCAAUCAUAAUCCCAUAUGUGGCUGCCCGCCUGAACUUACAGGCGAUCCAUUUGUCCAAUGUGUCCCACGACGUAAGAUUUCUUGCUUCUGUAUCCCAGUUACUAAUGAAAAUUUAAAAAAUCAUAAUGCUAAUUCUCUUUUAGCACCCGAGCCCCCAGUAGCGCAAAAUCCAUGCGAACCCUCUCCGUGUGGACCCAAUGCAGAAUGCAGAGUCGUCAAUGAUUCUCCGUCUUGCACUUGUUUAUCUGAAUUCAUAGGCAGCCCACCCAAUUGCAGACCCGAGUGUGGCAGCAAUAGCGAAUGCCCCAGUCAGUUGGCUUGCAUCAAUCAGAAGUGCAGAGAUCCUUGUCCUGGAUCCUGCGGGGCAAACGCGGAGUGUCGUGUUGUCAGUCAUACCCCUAUGUGUGCCUGUUUGAACGACUAUACCGGCGACCCCUUCACUCAGUGUACACCUACGCCACUUGUUCCCGUCAAUCUCUCCCCAUGUAGUCCAUCACCGUGUGGUUUCAAUGCUAUAUGCAAAGAACAAAACGGUGUCGGAUCAUGUUCCUGUGCUGCUGAUUACGUCGGCAACCCUUAUGAAGGAUGCCGCCCCGAAUGUGUCGUUGACACUGACUGUCCGUCUACACUGAGCUGUAUACGUUCCAAAUGUCAAGAUCCCUGUCCAGGUACCUGUGGCACUAACGCAGAAUGCAAGGUUAUCAAUCACAGGCCUGCGUGCACAUGCGUUCCUGGUUACAGUGGAAAUCCCUUCCAAUACUGCUCCGUAAUACCCGCAAUAGAGGACGAAACGAAGUAUAAGGAUCCCUGCAGUCCUUCGCCUUGCGGACCCAACAGCCAGUGUCGCGUAGUAAACGGACAAGGAGUCUGCUCCUGUCUGCCAGAAUUCACUGGCACGCCACCCAUGUGCCGCCCCGAGUGUACUUUAAAUUCGGAAUGCCCACAAGAUCGUGCCUGUGUUAGUCAGAAAUGUGUUAAUCCAUGCCCUGCUUCAUGUGGAACUUUUGCCACUUGCGUUGUCAGGAACCAUAGCCCAAUUUGUGCCUGCAGAGACUCAUAUACCGGAGAUCCGUUCACUAGAUGUUUCCCCGUUCCACCUACACCACCUACUGCAAUUGAAGUUUCGCAACCUUGUUUGCCCUCUCCUUGUGGUCCAAAUUCUGAAUGUCGUGUGGUCAAUGGUGGCCCAUCUUGCCAGUGUCGGUCAACUUACGUUGGAAGUCCACCAAACUGUCGGCCAGAAUGUACGGUCAACUCCGAUUGUUCCCCUAGUCAGGCCUGCAUGAGAGAAAAAUGCAGGGACCCUUGUCCAGGUUCUUGUGGUUCCAACGCUCAGUGCACGGUGCUCAAUCACGUUCCUAUAUGUUCCUGCUUCAACGGAUAUACCGGAGAUCCUUUCAGCAAUUGUUAUCCAAUUCCGGUGACACCAAUUGAACCGUCGGUUGUUGACCCUUGCUCAUCAUCACCUUGUGGCCCCAAUGCACGCUGUGAAAGUGGAAUAUGUACAUGCUUGACAGACUAUCAGGGUGAUCCAUAUGUUGGAUGCCGACCAGAGUGUGUACUCAAUACCGAUUGUGCUCAAAAUCGCGCUUGUUUGAGAAACAAAUGCGUCGAUCCUUGCCCUGGUACUUGUGGUCGAAAUGCAGAGUGUCUAGUAUACAAUCAUGUGCCCAUGUGUAGUUGCCCAAGUGGAAUGGUUGGAAAUGCAUUCGUACUGUGCACUGUCGCUCAAGAUACCGAAAAGGGUAACCCAUGCUCUCCUUCGCCAUGUGGACCAAACAGUAUCUGUCGAGAAAUCAAUGGACAACCUGUCUGCUCCUGCGUAGCAGGAUACUUAGGAGCACCCCCAACUUGCAGACCAGAAUGUACAGUCAGUUCCGAUUGUCCACCGACACAGGCUUGCACCAAUCAGAAAUGUGUCAAUCCUUGCCCCGGUACAUGUGGGUUUAGAGCCAUUUGCAAUGUUGUCAAUCAUAAUCCGAUAUGCAGCUGUCCACCUGAACUCUCUGGCGAUCCAUUUGUUCAGUGUGUUCUACGACCUCCCGAGCCCGCUGUACCGCAAAAUCCAUGCGAACCCUCUCCGUGUGGACCCAAUGCAGAAUGCAGAGUCGUCAAUGAUUCUCCGUCUUGCACUUGUUUAUCUGAAUUCAUAGGCGCCCCACCCAAUUGCAGACCCGAGUGUGGCAGCAAUAGCGAAUGCCCCAGUCAGUUGGCUUGCAUCAAUCAGAAGUGCAGAGAUCCUUGUCCUGGAUCCUGCGGGGCAAACGCGGAGUGUCGUGUUGUCAGUCAUACCCCUAUGUGUGCCUGUUUGAAUGACUAUACCGGCGACCCCUUCUCUCAGUGUACACCUACGCCACUUGUUCCCGUCAAUCUCUCCCCAUGUAGUCCAUCACCGUGUGGUUUCAAUGCUAUAUGCAAAGAACAAAACGGUGUCGGAUCAUGUUCCUGUGCUGCUGAUUACGUCGGCAACCCUUAUGAAGGAUGCCGCCCCGAAUGUGUCGUUGACACUGACUGUCCGUCUACACUGAGCUGUAUACGUUCCAAAUGUCAAGAUCCCUGUCCAGGUACCUGUGGCACUAACGCAGAAUGCAAGGUUAUCAAUCACAGGCCUGCGUGCACAUGCGUUCCUGGUUACAGUGGAAAUCCCUUCCAAUACUGCUCCGACGAAACGAAGUAUAAGGAUCCCUGCAGUCCUUCGCCUUGCGGACCCAACAGCCAGUGUCGCGUAGUAAACGGACAAGGAGUCUGCUCCUGUCUGCCAGAAUUCACUGGCACGCCACCCAUGUGCCGCCCCGAGUGUACUUUAAAUUCGGAAUGCCCACAAGAUCGUGCCUGUGUUAGUCAGAAAUGUGUUAAUCCAUGCCCUGCUUCAUGUGGAACUUUUGCCACUUGCGUUGUCAGGAACCAUAGCCCAAUUUGUGCCUGCAGAGACUCAUAUACCGGAGAUCCGUUCACUAGAUGUUUCCCCGUUCCACAAGCUACACCACCUACUGCAAUUGAAGUUUCGCAACCUUGUUUGCCCUCUCCUUGUGGUCCAAAUUCUGAAUGUCGUGUGGUCAAUGGUGGCCCAUCUUGCCAGUGUCGGUCAACUUACGUUGGAAGUCCACCAAACUGUCGGCCAGAAUGUACGGUCAACUCCGAUUGUUCCCCUAGUCAGGCCUGCAUGAGAGAAAAAUGCAGGGACCCUUGUCCAGGUUCUUGUGGUUCCAACGCUCAGUGCACGGUGCUCAAUCACGUUCCUAUAUGUUCCUGCUUCAACGGAUAUACCGGAGAUCCUUUCAGCAAUUGUUAUCCAAUUCCGGUGACACCAAUUGAACCGUCGGUUGUUGACCCUUGCUCAUCAUCACCUUGUGGCCCCAAUGCACGCUGUGAAAGUGGAAUAUGUACAUGCUUGACAGACUAUCAGGGUGAUCCAUAUGUUGGAUGCCGACCAGAGUGUGUACUCAAUACCGAUUGUGCUCAAAAUCGCGCUUGUUUGAGAAACAAAUGCGUCGAUCCUUGCCCUGGUACUUGUGGUCGAAAUGCAGAGUGUCUAGUAUACAAUCAUGUGCCCAUGUGUAGUUGCCCAAGUGGAAUGGUUGGAAAUGCAUUCGUACUGUGCACUGUCGCUCAAGAUACCGAAAAGGGUAACCCAUGCUCUCCUUCGCCAUGUGGACCAAACAGUAUCUGUCGAGAAAUCAAUGGACAACCUGUCUGCUCCUGCGUAGCAGGAUACUUAGGAGCACCCCCAACUUGCAGACCAGAAUGUACAGUCAGUUCCGAUUGUCCACCGACACAGGCUUGCACCAAUCAGAAAUGUGUCAAUCCUUGCCCCGGUACAUGUGGGUUUAGAGCCAUUUGCAAUGUUGUCAAUCAUAAUCCGAUAUGCAGCUGUCCACCUGAACUCUCUGGCGAUCCAUUUGUUCAGUGUGUUCUACGACCUCCCGAGCCCGCUGUACCGCAAAAUCCAUGCGAACCCUCUCCGUGUGGACCCAAUGCAGAAUGCAGAGUCGUCAAUGAUUCUCCGUCUUGCACUUGUUUAUCUGAAUUCAUAGGCGCCCCACCCAAUUGCAGACCCGAGUGUGGCAGCAAUAGCGAAUGCCCCAGUCAGUUGGCUUGCAUCAAUCAGAAGUGCAGAGAUCCUUGUCCUGGAUCCUGCGGGGCAAACGCGGAGUGUCGUGUUGUCAGUCAUACCCCUAUGUGUGCCUGUUUGAAUGACUAUACCGGCGACCCCUUCUCUCAGUGUACACCUACGCCACUUGUUCCCGUCAAUCUCUCCCCAUGUAGUCCAUCACCGUGUGGUUUCAAUGCUAUAUGCAAAGAACAAAACGGUGUCGGAUCAUGUUCCUGUGCUGCUGAUUACGUCGGCAACCCUUAUGAAGGAUGCCGCCCCGAAUGUGUCGUUGACACUGACUGUCCAUCUACUCUGAGCUGUAUACGUUCCAAAUGUCAAGAUCCCUGUCCAGGUACCUGUGGCACUAAUGCAGAAUGCAAGGUCAUCAAUCAUCGGCCAGCGUGCUCAUGCAUUCCUGGUUACAGUGGAAAUCCCUUCCAGUACUGCUCCGUAAUGACCGCAAUCGAGGAUGAGAUGAAGUAUAAGGAUCCCUGCAGUCCUUCGCCUUGCGGACCCAACAGUCAGUGUCGCGUAGUAAACGGACAAGGUGUCUGCUCUUGUCUGGCAGAAUUCACGGGUACACCUCCCAUGUGUCGUCCUGAAUGUACUUUAAAUUCAGAAUGUCCACAAGAUCGUGCCUGCGUUAACCAGAAAUGUGUUAAUCCAUGUCCUGCUUCGUGUGGAACUUUCGCCACUUGCGUUGUCAGGAACCAUAGUCCAAUUUGUGCGUGCCGAGACUCAUAUACUGGAGAUCCAUUCACUAGAUGUUUCCUCAUCCAACCCUUACCACCAUCCACAGUCGAACCUUCACAACCGUGUUUGCCAUCCCCUUGUGGUCCUAAUUCGGAGUGCCGCGUAGUUAACGGCGGUCCAUCCUGUCAAUGUUUAUCAUCUUACAUUGGAACUCCACCAAACUGUCGUCCAGAAUGUACAGUAAACUCUGACUGUUCACCAAGUCAAGCCUGCAUGAGAGAAAAAUGCAGGGACCCUUGUCCAGGCUCCUGUGGUUCCAACGCUCAGUGCACGGUGCUCAAUCAUGUUCCUAUAUGUUCCUGCUUCAAUGGAUACACUGGAGAUCCCUUCAGCAACUGUUACCCUGCACCCGUGGCACCAACGGAACCGUCAGUGGUUGAUCCUUGCGCAUCAUCACCUUGUGGUCCCAAUGCACGUUGCGAAAGUGGAAUCUGUACGUGUAUGACAGACUAUCAGGGUGAUCCAUAUCUUGGAUGCCGACCAGAGUGCGUACUGAAUACCGAUUGUGCCCAGAACCGCGCUUGUUUGCGAAACAAAUGUGUCGAUCCUUGUCCUGGUACUUGCGGUCGAAAUGCAGAGUGUCUAGUAUACAAUCAUGUGCCCAUGUGUAGUUGUCCAAGUGGAAUGGUUGGAAAUGCGUUCGUUCUGUGUACUGUCGCUCAAGAUACCGUAAAGGGCAAGCCAUGCUCUCCUUCGCCUUGUGGGCCAAACAGCGUCUGUCGAGAAAUCAAUGGACAAUCUGUCUGCUCCUGUGUAUCUGGAUUCUUGGGAACUCCACCUACAUGUAGACCAGAGUGUACAAUCAGCUCUGAUUGUCCUUUGACACAGGCUUGUAGCAAUCAGAAAUGUGUCAAUCCAUGCUCUGGUACAUGCGGGUUCAGGGCCACCUGCAAUGUCGUCAAUCAUAAUCCUAUAUGUAGCUGCCCACCAGAACUUACAGGCGAUCCAUUCAUUCAAUGUGCGCCGAGACCACCCGAGCCCAUUGUACCACAAAAUCCAUGCGAACCCUCUCCGUGUGGACCCAAUGCAGAAUGCCGAGUCGUCAAUGAUGCUCCCUCUUGCUCUUGUUUAUCGGAAUUCACAGGCACCCCACCCAAUUGCAGACCCGAAUGUGGCAGUAAUAGCGAAUGUCCAAAUCAGUUGGCUUGCAUCAAUCAGAAAUGCAGAGAUCCUUGUCCUGGAUCCUGCGGGGCAAACGCGGAGUGCCGUGUUGUCAGUCAUACCCCUAUGUGUGCCUGUUUGAACGACUAUACUGGUGAUCCCUUCAGUCAAUGUUCUCCUAUACCAGCUGUCCCCGUGAAUCUUUCGCCAUGUAGUCCAUCACCUUGUGGCUUUAACGCUAUAUGCAAAGAGCGAAAUGGAGUAGGUUCCUGUUCCUGUUUAUCUGAUUAUAUCGGUAACCCCUACGAUGGGUGUCGUCCCGAGUGUGUCGUUGACAGUGAUUGUCCAUCUACACUGAGCUGUAUACGUUCCAAAUGUCAAGACCCCUGCCCUGGUGCCUGUGGCACAAACACGGAGUGCAAGGUCAUUAAUCACCGACCUGCGUGCACAUGCAUUCCGGGUUACAGUGGAAAUCCCUUCCAAUACUGUUCCAUAAUUCCCGCAAUAGAGGAUGAAACGCAAAAUAAGGAUCCGUGCAACCCUUCACCUUGCGGUCCAAACAGUCAAUGUCGCAUUGUAAAUGGGCAAGGUGUCUGCUCUUGCCUGGCUGAAUUCACUGGCACACCUCCCAUGUGUCGUCCCGAAUGUACUUUAAAUUCAGAAUGUCCUCAAGAUCUUGCAUGCGUUAAGCAGAAAUGUGUUAAUCCAUGCCCUGCUUCGUGUGGAACUUUCGCCACUUGCGUUGUCAGAAACCAUAGCCCAAUUUGUGCCUGCCGAGACUCAUAUACCGGAGAUCCAUUCACUAGAUGUUUCCCCAUCCCACAAGCCUUACCACCAUCCACAGUCGAACCUUCACAACCGUGUUUGCCAUCCCCUUGUGGUCCUAAUUCGGAGUGCCGUGUUGUCAACGGAGGUCCUUCUUGUCAAUGUCUAUCAACUUACAUUGGAAGUCCACCAAACUGUCGUCCAGAAUGUACAGUAAACUCUGACUGUUCACCUAGUCAAGCCUGCAUGAGAGAAAAAUGCAGGGACCCUUGUCCAGGCUCCUGUGGUUCCAACGCUCAGUGCACGGUGCUCAAUCAUGUUCCUAUAUGUUCCUGCUUCAAUGGAUACACUGGAGAUCCCUUCAGCAACUGUUACCCUGCACCCGUGGCACCAACGGAACCGUCAGUGGUUGAUCCUUGCGCAUCAUCACCUUGUGGUCCCAAUGCACGUUGCGAAAGUGGAAUCUGUACAUGUCUGACAGACUAUCAGGGUGAUCCAUAUCUUGGAUGCCGACCAGAGUGCGUACUGAAUACCGAUUGUGCCCAGAACCGCGCUUGUUUGCGAAACAAAUGUGUCGAUCCUUGUCCUGGUACUUGCGGUCGAAAUGCAGAGUGUCUAGUAUACAAUCAUGUGCCCAUGUGCAGUUGUCCAAGUGGAAUGGUUGGAAACGCGUUCGUUCUGUGCACUGUCGCACAAGAUACCGUAAAGGGUAACCCAUGCUCUCCUUCGCCUUGCGGACCAAACAGCGUCUGUCGAGAGAUCAAUGGUCAACCUGUCUGCUCCUGCGUAGCAGGAUUCUUAGGGGCUCCACCUACAUGUAGACCGGAGUGUACAGUCAGUUCCGAUUGUCCUCUGACACAAGCUUGUGGCAACCAGAAAUGUGUCAAUCCAUGCUCUGGAACAUGCGGGUUUAGAGCCACUUGCAACGUCGUCAAUCAUAAUCCCAUAUGUGACUGCCCACCUGAGCUUACAGGCGACCCAUUUGUCCAAUGUGUCCCACGACCUCCCGUGCCCGCUGUACCGCAAAAUCCAUGCGAACCCUCUCCGUGUGGACCCAAUGCAGAAUGUAGAGUCGUCAAUGAUGCUCCGUCUUGCUCUUGUUUAUCUGAAUUCAUAGGCACUCCGCCCAAUUGCAGACCCGAAUGUGGCAGUAAUAGCGAAUGUGCAACUCAUUUGGCUUGUAUCAAUCAGAAAUGCAGAGAUCCUUGUCCUGGAUCUUGUGGGGCCAACGCGGAAUGUCGCGUUGUCAGUCAUACACCUAUGUGUGCCUGUUUGAACGACUAUACCGGCGACCCCUUCUCUCAGUGUGCACCUACGCCACUUGUUCCCGUCAAUCUCUCCCCAUGUAGUCCAUCACCGUGUGGUUUCAAUGCUAUAUGCAAAGAACAAAACGGUGUCGGAUCAUGUUCCUGUGCUGCUGAUUACAUCGGCAACCCUUAUGAAGGAUGCCGCCCCGAAUGUGUCGUUGACACUGACUGUCCAUCUACUCUGAGCUGUAUACGUUCCAAAUGUCAAGAUCCCUGUCCAGGUACCUGUGGCACUAAUGCAGAAUGCAAGGUCAUCAAUCACCGGCCUGCAUGCAGUUGCCUUCCGGGUUACAGUGGAAAUCCCUUCCAAUAUUGCUCGAUAGUGCCCGCAAUAGAGGAUGAGACGAAUUAUAAGGAUCCCUGCAGUCCUUCGCCUUGCGGACCCAACAGUCAGUGUCGCGUAGUAAACGGGCAAAGUGUCUGCUCUUGUCUAGCAGAAUUCACUGGCACACCACCCAUGUGUCGCCCCGAGUGUACUUUAAAUUCAGAAUGUCCUCGAGAUCGUGCAUGCGUUAACCAGAAAUGUGUUAAUCCAUGUCCUGCUUCGUGUGGAACUUUCGCCACUUGCGUUGUCAGAAACCAUAGCCCAAUUUGUGCCUGCCGAGACUCAUAUACCGGAGAUCCAUUCACUAGAUGUUUCCCCAUCCCACAAGCCUUACCACCAUCCACAGUCGAACCUUCACAACCGUGUUUGCCAUCCCCUUGUGGUCCUAAUUCGGAGUGCCGUGUAGUUAACGGAGGUCCAUCCUGUCAAUGUUUAUCAUCUUACAUUGGAAGUCCACCAAACUGUCGUCCAGAAUGUACAGUAAACUCUGACUGUUCACCUAGUCAAGCCUGCAUGAGAGAAAAAUGCAGGGACCCUUGUCCCGGCUCCUGUGGUUCCAACGCUCAGUGCACGGUGCUCAAUCAUGUUCCUAUAUGUUCCUGCUUCAAUGGAUACACUGGAGAUCCCUUCAGCAACUGUUACCCUGCACCCGUGGCACCAACGGAACCGUCAGUGGUUGAUCCUUGCGCAUCAUCACCUUGUGGUCCCAAUGCACGUUGCGAAAGUGGAAUCUGUACAUGUCUGACAGACUAUCAGGGUGAUCCAUAUCUUGGAUGCCGACCAGAGUGCAUACUGAAUACCGAUUGUGCCCAGAACCGCGCUUGUUUGCGAAACAAAUGUGUCGAUCCUUGCGCUGGUACUUGCGGUCGAAAUGCAGAGUGUCUAGUAUACAAUCAUGUGCCCAUGUGUAGUUGUCCAAGUGGAAUGGUUGGAAAUGCGUUCGUUCUGUGUACUGUCGCUCAAGAUACCGUAAAGGACAACCCAUGCUCUCCUUCGCCUUGCGGACCAAACAGCGUUUGUCGAGAGAUCAAUGGUCAGCCCGUUUGCUCCUGCGUAGCAGGAUUCUUAGGGGCUCCACCUACAUGUAGGCCGGAGUGUACAGUCAGUUCCGAUUGUCCUCUGACACAAGCUUGUAGCAACCAGAAAUGUGUCAAUCCAUGCUCUGGGACAUGCGGGUUCAGAGCCACUUGCAACGUCGUCAAUCAUAAUCCCAUAUGUGGCUGCCCACCUGAGCUCACAGGCGACCCAUUUGUCCAAUGUGUCCCACGACCUCCCGAGCCCGCUGUACCGCAAAAUCCCUGCGAACCCUCACCGUGUGGACCCAAUGCAGAAUGCAGAGUCGUCAAUGAUUCUCCGUCUUGCACUUGUUUAUCUGAAUUCAUAGGCGCCCCACCCAAUUGCAGACCCGAGUGUGGCAGCAAUAGCGAAUGCCCCAGUCAGUUGGCUUGCAUCAAUCAGAAGUGCAGAGAUCCUUGUCCUGGAUCCUGCGGGGCAAACGCGGAAUGUCGUGUUGUCAGUCAUACCCCUAUGUGUGCCUGUUUGAAUGACUAUACCGGCGACCCCUUCUCUCAGUGUACACCUACGCCACUUGUUCCCGUCAAUCUCUCCCCAUGUAGUCCAUCACCGUGUGGUUUCAAUGCUAUAUGCAAAGAACAAAACGGUGUCGGAUCAUGUUCCUGUGCUGCUGAUUACAUCGGCAACCCUUAUGAAGGAUGCCGCCCCGAAUGUGUCGUUGACACUGACUGUCCAUCUACUCUGAGCUGUAUACGUUCCAAAUGUCAAGAUCCCUGUCCAGGUACCUGUGGCACUAAUGCAGAAUGCAAGGUCAUCAAUCACCGGCCUGCAUGCAGUUGCCUUCCGGGUUACAGUGGAAAUCCCUUCCAAUAUUGCUCGAUAGUGCCCGCAAUAGAGGAUGAGACGAAUUAUAAGGAUCCGUGUAGUCCUUCACCCUGCGGACCCAACAGUCAAUGUCGCGUAGUAAACGGCCAAGGUGUAUGCUCCUGUCUGCCGGAAUUCACGGGAGCGCCUCCUAUGUGUCGCCCUGAGUGUACUUUAAACUCUGAAUGUCCUCAAGAUCGUGCAUGCGUUAACCAAAAAUGCGUGAACCCUUGUCCCGCUUCGUGUGGCAGUUUCGCAUCUUGCGUGAUCAGGAACCACAGUCCAAUAUGUGCUUGUAGGCCAUUAUAUACUGGAGAUCCUUUCACAAGAUGUUUCCCCGUGCCACAAUCCUCACCACCUACAGAGGUUGAAACUUCACAACCUUGUUUACCUUCUCCUUGUGGCCCAAAUUCAGAAUGUCGUGUGGUCGGUGGAGGCCCAUCUUGUCAGUGUCGACCAAAUUUCGUUGGAAGUCCACCAAAUUGUCGGCCAGAAUGUACAGUGAAUUCUGACUGUUCUCCUAGUCAAGCCUGCGUGAGGGAAAAGUGCACAGACCCCUGCCCAGGUUCUUGCGGUUCGAAUGCUCAAUGUAUGGUACUCAGUCACGUUCCUAUAUGUUCCUGCUUUGAAGGAUAUACGGGUGAUCCUUUUAAUGGUUGCAACCUAACUCCCGUUAGUCCAACAGGACCAACUGUUGUUGAUCUAUGUGCAUUAUUGCCUUGUGGCGCUAACGCACGUUGCAAUGAUGGAAUCUGCACUUGUCUACCAGAGUAUCAGGGUGACCCUUAUGUUGGUUGUCGACCAGAAUGCGUAUUAAAUGGGGAUUGCCCUCAAAAUAAGGGUUGUCUGAGAAACAAGUGUGUUGAUCCUUGCCCUGGUACAUGUGGUGUUAAUGCACAGUGUCAAACAUACAAUCAUGUGCCCAUGUGCAGCUGCCCAAGUGGAAUGGUGGGAAACGCCUUCGUUCAAUGCAAUGUUGUACAAGAAACCGGAAAGGAAAACCCUUGCUCUCCUUCGCCUUGUGGACCUAACAGUGUCUGUCGAGAGAUCAAUGAACAAGCAGUCUGUUCGUGUGUAGCAGGAUAUUUAGGUUCUCCACCUACCUGUAGACCAGAAUGUACAGUCAGUUCCGAUUGUCCUCUAACAGAAGCGUGUAACAAUCAAAAAUGUGUAAACCCCUGUCCUGGUACAUGUGGAUUUAGAGCCACCUGCAAUGUUGUCAAUCACAAUCCUGUAUGUAGCUGUCCAGCUGAUCUCACUGGCGAUCCAUUUGUGCAGUGUGUUCUACGACCACCUGUGCCCGUAGUGCCACAAAAUCCAUGUGAACCCUCUCCAUGUGGUCCAAAUUCAGAAUGUAAAGUCGUAAAUGAUGCUCCUUCCUGUUCCUGUUCGUUAGAAUUUAUAGGCACUCCUCCCAAUUGUAGACCCGAAUGUGCCAGUAACAGCGAAUGUCCAAGUCAGUUGGCUUGCAUUAAUCAGAAAUGCAGAGAUCCUUGUCCUGGAUCCUGCGGGGCGAACGCCGAGUGUCGUGUCGUCAGUCACACUCCGAUGUGCGUCUGCCCUGAAGAUUAUACUGGCGAUCCUUUCACUCAAUGUGCACCUAGACCACCUGUCCCCAUCAAUAUUUCUCCAUGCACUCCAUCACCAUGUGGUUUCAACGCGAUAUGCAAAGAACAAAACGGCGUAGGUUCAUGCUCCUGUUUAACCGAUUAUAUGGGCAAUCCCUACGAAGGAUGUCGCCCAGAAUGUGUGGUUGACACUGAUUGUUCAUCUACAUUGAGUUGCAUACGCUCUAAAUGCCAAAAUCCCUGCCCUGGUACUUGUGGCACGAACACAGAAUGCAGGGUCAUUAAUCAUCGUCCUGCGUGCACGUGCAUUCAAGGUUACACUGGAAAUCCAUUCCAAUAUUGCACCCCCAUUCCACAAAUAGAUGAAACGCAAAAUAAGGAUCCGUGCAACCCUUCACCUUGCGGACCAAACAGUCAAUGUCGCAUUGUAGAUGGGCAAGGUGUCUGCUCUUGCUUGGCUGAAUUCACUGGCACACCUCCCAUGUGUCGUCCCGAGUGUACUUUAAAUUCAGAAUGUCCACGAGAUCGUGCGUGCGUUAACCAGAAGUGUGUUAAUCCAUGUCCUGCCUCUUGCGGAACAUUCGCCACUUGUGUAGUCAGGAACCAUAGUCCAAUCUGUGCGUGCAGAGAAUCAUAUACCGGAGAUCCUUUCACCAUAUGUUUCCCCGCGCCACAAGCUACACCUCCAACAGCAGUCCAAGUUACACAACCCUGUUUGCCUUCUCCGUGUGGUCCAAAUUCGGAGUGCCGUGUAGUUAACGGAGGUCCAUCUUGUCAAUGUCUACCAACUUAUAUUGGAAGCCCUCCUAACUGUCGACCAGAGUGUACAGUAAACUCUGACUGUUCCCCUAGUCAAGCUUGCAUGAGAGAAAGGUGCAGAGAUCCUUGCCCAGGUUCUUGUGGUUCCAAUGCUCAAUGUAUGGUCUUGAAUCAUAUCCCAAUAUGCUCCUGCUUCGAAGGAUACACGGGAGAUCCUUUCAGCAAUUGCUAUCCAGCUCCUAUUAGACCAACGGAACCAAAUGUUGUCGAUUCCUGUGCAUCGUUGCCUUGUGGUCCUAAUGCACGUUGCGACAAUGGAGUCUGUACAUGUUUACCAGAGUACCAGGGUGACCCUUAUGUUGGAUGCCGACCAGAAUGCGUAUUAAAUACGGAUUGCCCUUUGAAUCGAGCUUGUAUAAGAAACAAGUGUGUCGACCCUUGUCCUGGAACAUGUGGCUUAAAUGCAGAGUGUCGCGUAUAUAAUCACGUUCCCAUGUGCAGUUGUCCCAGUGGAAUGGUUGGAAAUGCGUUUGUUCAGUGCAAUAUCCUACAAGAUACCGUAAAAGGAAACCCAUGUUCACCCUCGCCGUGUGGACCAAACAGUGUUUGUCGAGAGAUUAAUGGUCAGCCUGUCUGCUCCUGUGUAACAGGCUAUUUAGGAGCACCACCUUCUUGUAGACCAGAAUGUACAGUCAGCUCCGAUUGUCCCUUGACAGAAGCUUGUAAUAAUCAGAAAUGUGUAAAUCCUUGCCCCGGUUCAUGCGGAUUCAGAGCUACUUGCAACGUUGUAAAUCACAAUCCUAUAUGCAGCUGUCCACCUGAACUCUCUGGCGAUCCAUUUGUUCAGUGUGUUCCACGACCGCCAGUUCAGCCAGAACCGAUAAACGUUUGCCAGCCAUCACCAUGCGGACCCAAUGCUCAGUGCCAAAUAUCAGGAAAUUCACCUUCAUGCAGUUGUUUACCCGAAUUUAUCGGUUCACCGCCAUAUUGCAAGCCAGAAUGCAUUAGUAACAGCGAAUGCCCUACAAAUUUGGCGUGCAUAAAUCAAAAGUGUCGCGAUCCUUGUCCCGGUUCCUGUGGCGCCAAUGCAGAAUGCAGAAUAAUUAGCCACACGCCUAUGUGCGUUUGCUCUUCGGGUUUCGUUGGUGAUCCAUUUGUACAGUGUACUCCAAAACCAGUUAUCCAAGAUCAAGAAAUAGAGAAACUCACCCCAUGUGUACCAUCUCCUUGUGGAUCUAAUGCAGUGUGUAACGAACAAAACGGCGCAGCAUCCUGUAAAUGCAUCACUGAUUAUAUUGGCAAUCCUUAUGAAGGAUGUCGGCCAGAGUGUAUCGUUAAUUCCGAUUGCUCGGCUGAUCAAGCUUGUGUUAGAUCCAAAUGUCAGAACCCUUGUCCAGGAUUCUGUGGAUACAAUGCAAUGUGUCAAGUUGUUAAUCAUGUUCCAUUAUGUACCUGUCAAUCUGGAUAUACCGGAGAUCCGUUCGUUCAAUGUAACUUUAUUCAAGCUCCGCCGGAACCAGCUGACCCUUGUAAUCCGUCACCCUGCGGUCUGAACAGUCUGUGUCGUGUAUUCAAUGGACAGGCUAUCUGUUCGUGUUCACCUACGUUUUUGGGAUCUCCACCGAUGUGUAGGCCAGAGUGUACGGUCAGCUCAGAGUGUACAACAAACCGUGCUUGCAAAAACCUCAAAUGCGUCGACCCCUGCCCUGGAAUUUGUGGUAUCAAUGCUAGAUGUGAGGCCAUUAAUCACAGUCCGAUCUGUAGCUGUAACGUAGGAUAUACUGGCGAUCCCUUCGUUAGAUGUUUCAAAGUUCCAACGGUAUCCGAACCAGUGAACCCUUGCGUGCCAUCGCCCUGUGGCCCGUUCUCUGUGUGUCGCGUCGUUGGAAACGCGGGCCUACCAAGCUGUACCUGUAUGGACGAUUACAUAGGAACUCCUCCAAACUGUCGACCGCAAUGUACUAUCGAUUCAGAAUGUGCCAGUAACCGAGCUUGCCUCAGACAAAAGUGUACAGAUCCUUGUCCAGGUUCCUGUGGUACUGGAGCAGAAUGUUUAGUAGUGAAUCACAUGGCUGUGUGCACUUGUCCCCAAGGAUUCACAGGCGAUUCAUUUGUCAAUUGUUUCCUAGAAUCUCCUCCUUCACCAACAGCACCCCAAGAUGCCUGCAACCCCUCACCGUGUGGAUCGAACGCACUGUGUCGCGAUGGUACAUGCACUUGUCUACCAGAAUACCACGGUGAUCCAUAUUACGGAUGUCGUCCGGAGUGUGUCCAGAACCCAGACUGUCCUUUAGACAAAGCUUGCAAUCGUAACAAGUGUUUUGAUCCUUGUACCGGUGUCUGCGGACAGAAUGCCGAAUGCGUGGUGAUAAAUCAUACUCCCAUGUGCAGUUGCCCCGAUGGCAUGUCAGGAAACGCGUUCACAGCAUGUUUCCCAGUGAAAGACCCAGAGAUAGUACAACCUUGCAACCCGUCACCCUGUGGUCCUAAUAGUAGGUGUCAGGACAUCAGUGGACAGGCAGUGUGUUCGUGUGCCCCUGGUUACAUAGGAAACCCACCAGCUUGUCGACCUGAAUGUAUAGUUAACAGUGACUGUCCAUUGAACGAAGCUUGCGUGAAUCUCAAAUGUAGAGACCCGUGUCCUGGAUCCUGUGGAGUAUCAGCUAGGUGUCAGGUCGUCAAUCAUAAUCCUAUUUGCAGCUGUCCUUCGAUAUUCACUGGUGACCCCUUCGUGCGUUGUUUACCUAAACCUGAAGAACCAGUACAACCAACCAGCCCGUGUCAGCCAUCACCGUGCGGUCCAAACGCAGUUUGUCAAGUGGUUAAUAACUCUCCGUCGUGUUCUUGUAAACCAGAAUUUAUUGGUGUUCCGCCAAACUGCAAGCCAGAGUGUAUCAGUAAUAGCGAAUGCGGUAGUCACUUGGCGUGUAUCGAGCGUAAAUGCAGAGACCCUUGCGCCGGUUCUUGUGGUUCGAACGCGGAAUGUCACGUUGUGAAUCAUGUUCCAUCGUGCAUUUGCUCGAAGGACUUCACGGGAGAUCCGUUCGUUCAGUGCAUUGCCAGACAACCGGAUACAACAGUCGUACCUAGACCCUGCCAACCCUCUCCGUGCGGAGCAAACGCCAUUUGUCGCGAACAGAAUGAUCUUAGUUCCUGUACCUGUUUGCCCGAGUACAUCGGCAAUCCUUACGAAGGAUGUCGACCAGAAUGCACUAGAUCAUCGGACUGUCCCUCUCAUUUAGCUUGUAUCAGAUCCAAAUGUCAAAAUCCUUGCCCUGGUUCUUGUGGCUCCAAUACCAACUGUCAAGUAGUGAACAAUCUACCUGUGUGCACUUGUAUCCCGCAAUACACUGGCGAUCCAUACGUGAAUUGCAUAUACAAAGCUCCCACAAUUGACGAAGACGAGCGAGACGUAUGCCAACCAUCCCCUUGUGGUCCGAAUAGCCAGUGCCAGAAAGUAAAUGGUCAGGCAGUGUGCUCGUGUCAGCCUCAAUAUGUAGGAACCCCACCGAACUGUAGACCAGAGUGUGUCGUGAAUUCGGAAUGUAACUCGAAUCUCGCGUGUAUUAACCAGAAGUGUAGAGAUCCUUGUCCUGGUACUUGUGGCCGUAACGCACAGUGCAAGGUUGUGCACCACAGUCCGAUUUGCAGCUGUGGAAGCGGUUUGACGGGAGAUCCGUUUGUUUACUGUUUCCCUGUUCCAAUGCCAAAACCGGAAGAGCCGUACCCUAAGGAUCCCUGCACUCCAUCCCCCUGUGGUUCAAACGCCAUGUGCAAGGCCGUUGGAGAAACUCCAGUCUGCACUUGCAUAAACAACUACAUCGGAGUGCCACCAAAUUGUCGACCGCAAUGUUCCAUCAAUUCAGAUUGUACAGCAGACAAAGCUUGCAUUAGAGAGAAGUGUAGAGAUCCCUGUCCAGGAUCUUGCGGCGUGAACGCACGCUGUACAGUUGUCAAUCAUACGCCAGCUUGCACUUGUCCCGAAGGAUACACCGGCGAUCCUUUCACCAGCUGUUCACCAAUUCCUCCGCCAAUCAUCUCAGAAGCCCCAACAGACCCAUGCAACCCAUCACCGUGUGGACCAAACGCACAAUGCAAUAAUGGCGUGUGCACUUGCUUGCCUGGUUAUCUGGGCGACCCAUACACCAUUUGCCGCCCUGAAUGUGUUAUCAACACCGACUGUUCCCGAAACGAAGCCUGCCUACUGCACAAAUGCAGAAAUCCCUGUGUAGGAACCUGUGGGGUAAACGCAGAGUGCACCGUGAUCAAUCAUCUACCUAUGUGCAGUUGUCCUAGGAACAUGACAGGCAAUGCUUUCGUUUCGUGUAAUCCUAUUCAAGAAACCACCGCAGUUGAUCUAUGCAACCCAUCACCCUGCGGUUCGAACAGCCAUUGUCGUCCUUCCAACGGUCAAGCUGUCUGCAGCUGCGUUACUGGAUUCAAAGGAUCGCCACCAUUCUGUAGAGCAGAGUGUAUCGUUAGCACAGAUUGCCCUCGAAACAGAGCUUGCAGUAACCAAAAAUGCAUCGACCCUUGUCUCGGUGCUUGUGGAUUGUCUGCUCAAUGUUCCGUGAUCAAUCAUAAUCCUGUUUGUAGCUGCUUCGAGCAGUAUACCGGAGAUCCAUUUAUUCAAUGUGUCCCACAAAUAAAAGAGCCAGAUACCCCGAUAAAUCCUUGUCAGCCAUCGCCUUGUGGUCCAAACGCUCGAUGCCAAGUCACCAACAACGCACCCUCGUGUUCUUGUCUUCCUGAAUUCGUAGGAGUCCCACCAUAUUGCAAACCCGAGUGUCUGAGUAAUACAGAAUGUUCAGCGCAGCAGGCUUGCAUCAAUCAGAAAUGCGCGGAUCCUUGCCCUGGCUCCUGUGGCAGGAACACAGAGUGCAGGACGAUUAGUCACACCCCUAUGUGCACUUGUGCAAGCAAUUUCACUGGAAACCCGUUCGUACAAUGUACACCCCAACCAAUCGAAGAUAGACCACAGAAACUCAACCCCUGCCAGCCAUCUCCCUGUGGUCCGAACGCCAUUUGUCGCGAAUCGUACGGCACAGCCCGGUGCACCUGUUUACCUGACUUCUAUGGUAAUCCAUACGAAAAUUGUAGGCCAGAGUGUAUUAUCAAUGCCGACUGCCCAUCUAACCGAGCCUGUAUAAGGAAUAAGUGUCAAGAUCCCUGUCCAGGAACCUGUGGCUUUAACGCUGAUUGCCAAGUGGUGAAUCACAUUCCAAUUUGCAGUUGUAGCUCAGGUUACACUGGCGAUCCAUUUACAGCUUGCAGCAUACUUAAACAACCCCCUGUGACAAGUCUGACGAAUCCCUGCGAACCUUCACCCUGUGGACCAAACAGUAAGUGCGCCAAUGUGAAUGGCCAAGCCACUUGUUCUUGCCUUCCCGAUUUCAAAGGCACACCACCAGGAUGUAGGCCAGAGUGUGUUGUUAGCACAGAAUGUGCUAGCAACAGAGCUUGUGUGAAUCAGAAAUGCGUUGACCCUUGUCCUGGAGUUUGUGGGAUAAACGCGAGAUGCGAGGUUUUCCAUCACAGUCCCAUUUGUAGCUGCGAUCCUCGUCAGACGGGAGAUCCGUUUGUAAAGUGUUUCGAUGUGACCACACCAAGUCCACCUGUGCCUGUAAACCCAUGCGUUCCAUCGCCCUGCGGCCCAUUCUCUCAAUGUCAAGACAUAGGAGGCAUUCCAUCCUGCUCCUGUUUGCCCAAUUACGUUGGCUCAGCCCCCAACUGUCGACCAGAAUGUUCAAUUAAUUCAGACUGUACCAGUGACAAGGCUUGCAUCAGAGAAAAGUGUAGAGACCCGUGUCCAGGAUCCUGUGGAACGAACGCAUACUGCAAUGUGAUUAAUCAUACACCUGUUUGCACUUGCCCUACAGAUUACACGGGAGAUCCCUUCACCAGUUGCCGCCUAACACCCACACCUGUACUCCCAGUCUCACCAGACCCGUGCAAUCCAUCGCCUUGCGGUCCGAACGCGCUAUGUCGAAAUGGCGUGUGCAGCUGCAUAAGCGAAUAUCGUGGUGAUCCUUAUCAAGGUUGUCGACCAGAAUGCGUGCAGAAUUCCGAUUGCACGUUUGAUAGAGCUUGCUCCAACAAUAAAUGCGUGGACCCUUGCACUGGAAUCUGUGGACAGAAUGCUGAGUGCGUUGUGGUUAACCAUAUUCCCACUUGUAGUUGCGUUGAGAAUCACGAAGGAGAUCCAUUUACCCUCUGCAGACCUAUUAGAAAACGCGUGAAACCCUGCGAACCUUCACCCUGUGGACCCAACAGCGUUUGCCGCGAGUUUGGCGAACAAGCUUCUUGUUCCUGUCUCUCUGGAUAUUUUGGAACUCCACCCAGCUGUAGACCCGAAUGUUUGGUGAACUCUGACUGCGAACAGAGCAGAGCUUGCGUGAACGAACGCUGUCAGAACCCGUGUGAAAACGUGUGCGGUCAAGGCGCGUUGUGUAACGUACGAAACCAUAAUCCCAUUUGCAGUUGCCCCGCACAGUAUUCCGGUGAUCCAUUCGUCAGCUGUUUCCCCAUGAAACCGCAGUACGAAGAACCCAGCCAGGACCCAUGCAAACCCUCGCCAUGUGGACCAAACUCCCAAUGCACAGUAUCACCAGACAAUAAAGCCUCCUGCGCCUGUAUGCCUGAAUUUGUAGGCUCUCCUCCCAAUUGUAGGCCAGAAUGUCUCGUGAACAGCGAAUGUCCCAGCAAUCAAGCUUGCGUUAGACAGAAGUGUACCGAUCCCUGUACAGGACUCUGCGGCACUGACGCUCUCUGCCAAGUUACCCUGCAUUACAUCCGUUGCGUGUGUCCCGAGGGAUACACUGGAAAUCCAUUCGCUAUUUGUUCCGUGGCCAGCACGCCUGUAGAACCACCGACACCUUCGAGACCGUGCAAUCCUUCACCGUGUGGAACUAACGCGUAUUGUCGCGAGAGACACAAUACUGCGUAUUGCGAGUGUCUGCCAGAUUUCAGGGGAAAUCCGUAUGAAGGCUGUCAACCAGAGUGUUUGGUGAACACUGACUGCCCGAAAUCCCAAGCUUGUAUUCGAACCAAGUGUCAAGAUCCUUGUCCCGGUACUUGUGGCGUUGGAGCCAUUUGUACUGUGUCCAAUCAUAUUCCAAUUUGUUCCUGUCCUUUACCUACUAUCGGAGACGCGUUCACCAUCUGCCAUGCUGUUCCUCAAGUACCAAAGGACAGAGAUCCUUGCUCACCAUCUCCAUGUGGACCUAACACAAUCUGCCAAAAGAUCGGCGACUCGGCAGUCUGCAAGUGUUUGCCCGGUCUUCAAGGAGUUCCUUCGAGUGUCACAGGCUGUCAUCCAGAGUGUGUGAUCAGCUCUGAUUGUCCAGGAGACAAGGCUUGCAUCAGCAACAAAUGCAUAAAUCCUUGCACGCAAAACGUGUGUGGUAUCAAGGCUACGUGUCAAGCUAUCAAUCACAGUCCCCUCUGCAGUUGUACAUCUCCGUUGAUCGGCAAUCCAUUCGAAGAAUGUUACACCAAAAUUGAAACCGAUCCUUGUAAUCCAUCUCCGUGCGGCUAUAACGGCGAAUGUCAAGUUAGAAACGGCGUUGGAGUGUGCAUUUAUCCGGAAUGUGUCAUUAAUUCCGACUGUCCACGAGACAAGGCUUGUUUCGCCCAGAAAUGCAGAGACCCUUGCAUCGGUGCUUGUGGUAUUAAUUCACUGUGUCAGACGGUCAACCACAAGCCUGUCUGCUCCUGUCCGUAUGGAUUUACUGGCAACGCUCGCAUACAGUGCACCGUUCUAACAGUCGAAGAACCAACUGCAGAGUGCACUCAGAACUCCGAAUGUCCGAACGACAAGACUUGUUACAAUCAAAAAUGCGUCGAUCCUUGCACACUGGAUUCCUGUGGCUUCAACAGUCGUUGUCACGUACAAAUGCAUCGAGCUGUCUGCGUCUGCAACGAAGGCUUCACUGGCAAUCCUCAACAAUACUGCGGCGAAAUUGGUUGUCGCGGUGACAGCGACUGUCCGUUGACUCAAUCUUGCAUCAACAACGAGUGCAUAGACGCUUGCUCUGUGACACAGUGCGGUGUGAAUGCAUUCUGCAGAUCCGAUGGAUACCAUAGACCAAGAUGCUACUGUUCUGAUGGAUACUUAGGAAAUCCGUACCAAACAUGCGAGAGACCAGAGUGCGUUAGUGACAACGACUGUCCAUCGUCUUUAGCCUGUCGCGAUUCAAAAUGUGUAAAUCCUUGCGAUUGUCCGCCAUCAGCGCAAUGUUUCGUGAUUAAUCAUCGUCCUAUUUGUCGAUGCCCUCCGGGUUACGUGGGUAAUCCAUAUACCUCGUGUCUAAUGGAACCGAUCGAACCACAGCCACAGUGUCAAGUAGAUGGAGACUGUCCCAGCAAACUGGGCUGUUUCAAUGGCGUUUGUAAAGAUCCGUGUGUCGAAACCAAACCUUGCAUCGCUGGGGCGAAGUGUACCGUCGUAGACACUUUACCAAUGAGAACCAUGGUCUGCGAAUGUUUGCAAAACUUUGCUGGAGACGCGACCGUCGCUUGUAUUCCCGUGGACAAGAAGAUCGAAGCCAUUUGUAAAUCCGACACUCAAUGCUCUUCAAACAUGGCCUGUCUGAACGAAAGAUGUAUCAAUCCGUGCAUUAUCAAUCCAUGUGCUUCAAAUGCAGAGUGCUCUGUCCAAAAUCAUUAUCGACAGUGUCAUUGCUCGCGUGGCACCGCAGGCGACCCAUUCGUAAAUUGUUAUAGAGACACUGACUCGUUCCCGGAGUGUACAACGAACGCAGAUUGCGCAACCAACGAGGCUUGCAUUAGCCAGCUAUGUCAGAGCCCAUGUGUCAGCACGCAAUGUGGUUUGAACGCGGAAUGUAUCACUGUCAAUCAUCAUCCGACCUGUCGCUGCCAGCAGAACUACGCGGGAGAUCCUCAAGUGCAAUGUUUCAAACCGGAGUGUAAGUCAGAUAGCGAUUGUCCUUACGACAAGACCUGUCUGCGCGAAAAUUGUGUCACCCCUUGCCUGGUCGAAGAUAUCGCGUGCGGUCGUGGCGCAGAAUGUAUCGCGGUCUCUCACAGGGCGCAAUGCGUCUGUCCACGAGGUACCCAAGGCGACCCAAGAAUCGCCUGCAUUUCCACAGUGUGCCAUUACAACGAGGAUUGCGCAGAUCACGAAGCCUGCGACAGGCUGAACAGAGUCUGUCGACCAGUUUGCGAGGACGAUACUUGCGCGGAUACUGCGAAAUGCGUCGCGAGAGAUCAUCAGCCUAAGUGCACUUGUCCUCUGGGAACUACUGGAAAUCCAUACGUUGAGUGCAGUGGUGUGCCAAUUGAAGCAGAGUGCCAAGAAGACAGCGAAUGUCCAGCAUAUUACGCAUGCAUCAACUCAAAAUGCCAAGAUCCUUGCUUAUCCUCUAACAUGUGCUCUGGUGAACAAGAAUGCAAAGUACUGAACACGGUGCCUCUUCGUACGAUGAUCUGCACUUGCCCUGCAAACACUAUCACCGACGUAAAUGGACUGUGCAAGGAAAUCGGAGUCCUGCAGUGCCACCAAGAUCAGGACUGCAACGAUUCUGACAAGUGUGUGGGUGGAACUUGCAUCGAGGCAUGUCUGACCACUCAGUGUGGAGUGAAUGCCCAAUGUGUGGCAACUGGAAUCUGUCAUUGCGCGCCUGGAUUUACUGGCAACCCUUACAUCGAGUGCGGUAGACUUCCAAUACCACUGCCACCAGUUCGUCCAGAAUGCUACGCUAACAGCGAGUGCUCCGACGACAAACGGUGCAUAAAUUCUCUCUGCGUGAAUCCUUGCGUUGUCAAGGACCCAUGCGGCAAAAAUGCACUAUGUCACGCGAACAAUCACAAUCCAGUCUGUAGAUGUCCUGCCAACUACAUUGGUGAUCCAAGAAGCAACUGUGUUCCACCGGAAAUUGUGGCCGAAUGUACUUCCAACAGCGAUUGCGCGGGUAACGCUGCCUGUGUAAACAACUUGUGCAUCAAUCCUUGCAAUUGCGGUCCGAACGCCAAGUGCAACGUCGUAGAUCAUUAUCCAUCCUGUGUCUGUCCGCCUGGUUAUUCUGGAAAUCCUCAACUAGGUUGCUUCAAAUUGGACUGUGAAUCGGACAGUGAAUGCAACAGCGCAGCAACGUGCUACAAUGGUCAAUGCGUGAAUCCUUGCAUCCUGGAGAACAAGUGUGCGAUAAACGCAGAAUGUUACGGCCAAAACCAUCGAGCCAUUUGUCGUUGCGGUCCAGGUUAUCUAGGCAAUCCGGAAGUGCAUUGUGAAAGAGUGGAGUGCAGCGCUGACCACGAUUGUCCUCGAAAUUUAGCCUGCGACAGCGGACGCUGCGUUAAUCCUUGUCUAGAAGAUUCACCAUGUGCUCAAAACGCAAUCUGCUACGUUCAGGACCACGUGGCCACCUGCCGUUGUCCAGAGAAUAUUCCUGCUGGAAAUCCAUAUUCCUAUUGUACACAUCAUCCCACGACAACAUUCGACGAACCAGAAUGUAGAAUCGAUAUUGAUUGCGCUGACAAAUUGGUGUGCAUUAAAAAUAAGUGUAUCGACCCCUGUCCAGUGAUCAAACCAUGUCUGCAGAAUGCACGUUGCAACGUUUUGGACACUGUGCCCGUGAGAACCAUGACGUGCACGUGUCCCGAAGGUUGGACCACUGACGUUGACGGCGUUUGUAGACCAAUUCAAAUAGCAAUAAUCGGCACUUGCACGACGAACGACGAGUGCAGCGACACAGAGUCCUGCAUCAACAGACAAUGUAGGAACCCUUGCAACUGCGGUACCAACGCUGCGUGCACCGUACGAAACCACAAACCGAUCUGCUCUUGCGAAGAAGGCUACCAAGGCAACCCGGAUAUCGCUUGCUAUUCCGUAGAGUGCACGCGCGACAGCGAAUGUGCUCUAGACAAGAGUUGCGUGAACAACAACUGCGUGAAUCCUUGCCUAAUCUCCGAUAAUUGUGGAGUGAACGCAGAAUGCUUCCCCAACAACCAUAAAGCCGACUGUCGAUGCCGUAACGGUUAUCAUGGAAAUCCUUUGGAUCGAUGCAGAGUAAUCGGUUGCUACAGCAAUGGCGACUGUCCUGGAGACCAUUCCUGUAUCAAUAUGCAGUGCAUCAAUCCUUGCGUUCAUAGCAAUCCUUGCUCGUCUAGAGCCGAAUGCAGAGUCUUUAAUCAUCUACCCAUUUGUCGUUGCCCACCUCAUCACACAGGCAAUCCUUACAUCGCUUGUAAACCGGAAGAAAGACCAGAGUGUAAAGAGGACAGUGAUUGUCCUAAUUUGUUGGCCUGCUUUGAUAAUAAAUGCCAGAAUCCUUGCACUGUCGUGCAACCCUGCAGCGAUCCAUCAGAAUGCAAAGUCCUUCCGACGUCCCCGGUUCGAACGAUGGUCUGUGUGUGUCCUAGUGGAUACGUGAGCAGCGGCAGCGGAACUUGUAGACCCACGAAACCGAUUUUGGAGAUUGAAUGUACUAACGAUAGCGACUGUCCUUCAGAAAAGUCCUGUGUUAACGCGGUGUGCAAGAAUCCUUGUGCCUGCGGCCCCAAUGCGAAGUGUAGCGUUGCAAAUCACAAACCAAUUUGCUCUUGUGUUCUGGGAUACGAUGGAAAUCCUGACUUGGCUUGCACUAAAGUCGCCGGAUGCCGCACAGAUGGUGACUGCAGCGGAUCACACGCGUGUGUCCAGCACAACUGUGUCCCAGUCUGUUCUCCAUUAAUUACCACCUGCGGAAAAGACGCUCAGUGCAAUGGUAUCAACCACAAAGCUAUCUGCGAGUGUCCACCAGGAUAUGGAGGCAAUCCUAGAGUUUCCUGUGUCCUUCUUGGUUGCAAGAGUAACUCUGAUUGUCCCACGAACAAAGCUUGCAUUAACGAGCGCUGCGAGAAUCCUUGUGGGAUAAAUCCUUGCACCGGGAACAUGGAUUGCAACGUCUAUAACCAUGUAGUCGAGUGUGCUUGUCCUCCCGGUUACAUCGGAGAUACUAAAGUGGGAUGUACUAAACUGACAGAGAAAUGUAAGGCGGAUAACGAAUGUCCAUCUCAGACCGCCUGCUUCAAUGGCGAGUGCAUCAAUCCUUGCGUGAAGAUCGAACCUUGUGGAAUAAACGCGGAUUGUAAAGUACUCGACACGUCUCCUGUAAGAACUAUGAUCUGUGAAUGCAUUCCCGGAUAUAGAGGAAACGCAGUCGUCCGCUGUGACAAAACCAACGUAUGUCCAGUAGCAAAGGGUCAAAUUGUCGAUGAGUAUGGCAAUUGUGUAUGUCCACCUGGAUCAGCUAAGGAUGAAACAGAAGUUUGUAUACCGUGUAGGAAACAAUCUGGAAUGAUCAUCAAUGAUGAAGGAUACUGUGUGUGUGCUUUGGAAAACGGUAUGAUCAUCGAUGAAUAUGGUCGCUGCGUGUGUCCGAUUCAUCAUGGAUACAGACUGGACGCGAAUGGAUAUUGCAAAUUGGUUGACAUAAUCGAGUGCAAACACGACGAUGACUGUGCUGAUAACAGAUUCUGCGAUAAAACCAGCCAAACAUGUGAAGAUCCUUGUUCAACUCAAUUAUGUGGUCUUUAUGCACUGUGUAAUGCAACUCGUCAUCAAGCUAUUUGCAUAUGCAUCAAUGGGUAUAUUGGAAAUGCUUAUACUCAAUGCUAUGACAAGAACCGAUGGCGAACCGAUUUCCCCAGACCAGAGAUGGUUGUUAGCUGUUUGUCGGAUGGAGUGCAAGUCGAAAUACAUCUUCACGAUCAGGAAUUCGAUGGUGUUCUAUAUGUCAAAGGUCACAGCAAAGAUGAGCAGUGCAGGAGGGUUGUCUCCAUUCCAGCAGAAACUAUGCACAAAACCGAGAUAUUCAAGGUGGCGUUUGGAAAUUGCGGACUGAUACACGUAAACGGACAAGCAAGUUUCGUACUGGUCAUACAAAAGCAUCCGAAAUUGAUGACAUACAAGACUCAAGCAUACCAUAUCAAAUGCAUAUACCAAACUGGAGAACAAAACGUUACCCUGGGUUUCAAUGUCUCCAUGUUAACUACAGCUGGCACCAUUGCUAACACUGGUCCUCCGCCAGUCUGUCUGAUGAAGAUCGUUACUCAAAGCGGAAAUGAAAUAAACUCUGCUGAAAUUGGAGAUAAUUUGAUGUUGCAAGUCGAAGUUCAGCCUUCCACUAUUUAUGGUGGAUUUGCCCGAAAUUGUGUGGCCAAAACGAUGGAAGAUAAUUUGGAGAACGAGUACAUUGUAACAGAUGAGAAUGGCUGCGCGACGGAUCCGACAAUAUUCGGAGAAUGGGAACAGGAUCCUGAAACUCAGACGUUAAUGGCCAGCUUCAAUGCUUUUAAAUUCCCAAGCAGUGACAAUAUUCGAUUCCAGUGCAAUAUCCGUGUGUGCUUUGGACGUUGUCAACCCGUCAAUUGUCGAGGAUACAACGCGUUCGGUCGUCGCCGUCGAGACGUGAGUUCCGAGACAAAUGAUACGUCUUUAAGCAUCACGGACAGCUUUGAAGGACAACUUAGAGAAGAAAUAACGAUCCAGUCGAAUCUGAUAUUCACUCUGGAGAGGAGAGAAGAGAGGUUUACAGCAGAUCCAGCUGAGAUCACCUCAGCUCAAAGAGUAGAAGAUAUUUGCGUUUCUACAGUCGGCUUUGUGAUAGCACUAGUAAUUACAGCACUCUUGGCACUAGUCGCUGUAGCUAUUGCUGUGUCGUGCUGGCUAAUGGCGUAUCGUCGUCAGCCAAAGACUGCUGGACCACUGCCACACCCACCAGAGUUCCCAAAUCCACUGUUCACUACUGAGUCCGUAGCUGAACCGUCUCCUGAUUAUCACCUAUCAUAAGUACUCUAGGAUAAUUAUUUUUUUGUAACGUAAUUUUAUAAUUCUCAAUGGAAUGCAGUACAGACCACAUCACAUUUUUUUUCUCGCUGGUCGGUCUUGUAUUUCUUUCAACGACUCCUCCAGUGACUAGACUCUUCCGUUAUCUUCCUCUCGGGGAUUCAUACCGAGCGUGUUGUACGUUCAUUGUUACAUACGAGUACCCUGAAUCAAGUUAUACAUAAAUAUACAUAGAUAGUUAGAUCAGAGCGCGUGCGAGAGAGAAACGUUUACUAUUUAUGGUGAUGGUUAGCUUCCAUUAUCUACACAAUAGAACUUUGUCUUCCGACGUAUUCUCUUGUCUUCUGUACCUUUGCUCUUCUCUUCCUGUAGUCACUGGAGGAUUUGUUAAGCAUGAUACAGCGAAUUUAAUUCCCGUGUAAAGUCGAACGAAUUAGUCUAAUAUAGCUUUCUUACUU